GGGGACGGCGGCGGCGGCGGGGGAGGGUUUAAAGCCCGGCGGAGGCGGAGGCGAUGCCUGGGAGCGGGGAAGGCGAGUCAGCUGAGGAGCGAGGCGAGCGCGGGCAGCAGCGGCAGCAGCAGCAGGAGAAGGCGGCGGCGCGCAGCCCGGAGUUGCCGGAGGACGGACGCCUGGAGGGCAGCUCGCCGGCCUCGGCCGCAGGUUGGGCUGCCCUUCUCCCGCCCCGGGGGGGGGGGCGCCGCGCUUAAUUCCAGGGCGGCGCUGCCCCCACCCGCUUUCCGUGCAUCCCCCUCCCCUUCCUCCCGGAGGAAGAGCUGCCCCUUCCCGUCUCGGCGGGUCCCUCCCUCUCCCUCUUGCCCGGCCGGUCCGAAACUUGCUCGGAGGGCCGCGCGGCUUGCGCCAGGAAGGCGAGCGGGAGCCACGCGGGCGCGCCGAGGGGCUGCCGGGGACAGAGCCCGGACCCGGGUCCUUGCUGGUGAGCGGGCGGGCGGGCACAGCCGCGGAAGGGGCCGCGCGGCGGCGGCGGCGGAGGAGAGGCGGGCGCGCAGCGGCCCCUCUGCCUAAGAAAGGCGAGGAAGUUUCUGGCCGUCCCGGGAGCGGAGAAGUCCUCCUCGCCCCUCCGCCGCAGCUGCGGGUCCGGGCCGCGCGGGCUGGGAAGGAGGCGCUGCCGACUUUCCGGCGAGUUGGCGAAGCGCGCGCAGGAUGGCUCGCCAGCCGCGUCCCUCCGGGCAACUUUGCGCGCGCGGCCCCGCCGCCCGAGGGGGACCUGCGCGCGGGGGGAGAAGCGGCGCACAAAGCGCGCGGCCGGGGGAUGCGGCGCCCGGGUUUUCGGCUCGCUUUCGCCUUCUUUUUCCCUUUCUUCCUUCCUUUCUUUCUUUUCCCCUUUCAAGGCGGGCGAGACUUCUCCGGAGCCUCGGUGCCCUUUCCACAUUGCAUCAUAAAACCAGGGUGGAGCCAGCCCGCCUCCUCCUCCUCCUCCGCCUCCCCUUCUGCAAGUAACCCGAGCGGAGGGGCUUGCCCGGCUCUCCCAAUCGCCGCCGCCGCUCCGGCGCGCGCUGCCCUUGGUGCGGGUCGGGGGCCGCGCUCGUCCCGGGAAAGUGCCCGAGAGGAGGCUCCUUUGGCCCGAGGCGGAGGCGGAAGAGAGCCCGGGCUCUCCUCGUCCGGUAAGAAACGAGGCUCCCGGCUGCGGGCGAGAGACUGAGCUGGGAAGGCGCCGGCUUCGGGGCUGCGCCGACGGAGUUUUGCCAGCCACGUUGUGGCCGCUCUGUUGCGACGACUGUCUGUUGGCGACGAUGGCGCGUGUGGCACGGGAUAUUUGGGGCAAAAAGGAUUCCCCAAACUUUUUGUUUCCCUUCGCCGCCUUUUCCGAAGGGUGGAUAGCCAAAGCAGUGGUGGAGGUCGCAGAAUUAUGGUGCAUCUUUUUAGAAAAAAACCUUCCCCCCCCCCCGGGAGGUUCUUGGCAUGAAUGCAAGGGUGAAAAGUGCUUGGUUUCCCUGCACAGUGCAGGGCCAUCAACUGGCCUUAAAUUAUGUAAGGCACUUCUGAAGGUUACUGCUGCUUAUUACUGUUUUGUAGGCACUGCUUGCAGAAAGAUAUCCCAAUCCUUUGGCAGCUGUUGCUUCCCUCUUCAUCUGUUUUGAUGAUGGUAUCCAUGGGGGUGUACUCCGAGCAUCAUCUUACAAAUCCCCCCCCCCACUUGUCUAUUUGUUGAACAUUACCUGCUUUGGCAGAGGGAAAACGUUGCUUCCUUUUGCGCCCUUGCAUUGGUGUGUUGGUAAAGUUGGUACAGCAACUGUUUUACAUUAGCACAGUUUCCAAACUCAUUUUAUGAACCCCUUUCUUGGCAUCUUCUUGGACCACUUAAACUUCUCAUUCUACUAAUCAAAAGUACCUUUGCAACUCAUUAUAUUAAUUGUGAUCUUGUUGUUCAGUGUGGUGGGUGCAAAUGUUUUCUGAGCAAACGUCAGGCGUAAUCUUUGUAAGCUUUAGCCUUGGGUUGGGUUCAGCAGUCAUCUUAUUUUUGUAUUUGGAUUUGAGGGUGGCAAGUGAUGAAAAUCCCAUCUUGUACAGGGACGUGAAAAGCAAAGCAUUCUUUCCCAUUGUCAUCAAAACCAGCGCUGAAUUAUGAGAACCAUGGAGCCUGGCCUAGGGGCUUGUUAACCUUUUGAUAAUUCAGUCCUCCAUCAUCACGCUGAGGAAAAUAAGUGCAGCCUUUUCACAGGCCACAGUUUAAAAACCUUUGCCAUAGUUGAUGUCAUUUCUAUUUCCACUGUAUGUGUUUUUCUUUCUUGCAUACUGGGGCACGUGACUUGCUGUAAGAGCAAGCUGCAGUAAAGAAGUGUAGUUGAGAUCAUAGGAUCAUAGCAUUGUAGUGUUCGAAGGGACCCCGAGGGUCAUCCAGUCCAACCCCCUGCAAUGCAGGAAUCUCAGCUAAGGCAUCCCUGACAGAGGGCCAUCCAGCCUCUGCUUAAAUACCUCCAAGCAUCUAGCCAAAGUGAAGGUGGCAAAUCUACAUAUUAAACUUGUGUAGAUCAUUUAGAAGCAGUUGUUUCUGAAUAAACUAUUAGGUUAAAUGGGGCUUUCUCCACGAAUGUGUACAUAGCCUUAGGUCCCCCUUACUAAUUUCAGCAGAGCUUAACAAAUGCUUAACUCCUUUCCCUCCUUUCUUGCACAAAAUCAUUAGGACUUGAAAAUAUUUUUCUGUGGUUGGAUUGUCCUCUUAUCUAUCUUUCUGAUGUUGAAUCAUUGGCCGAUUUGGAGUUUUACAUGAAGUUUUAAGGCAUAAUAAUAUCAGAUUCCUGAUGCAGCAGUUGGCUGCGCUUGCCCAUCCAGCUUCAGGAUGGUCUGUUUCUUGAUUGCUUAGGUUGGGAAAUGUCAGUUGGUGUCUAACUGCAGUAGUGAGUAAAGACUGGUAGUACCAGUUUCCAAACUUUCUAACUUCAAGGAAGGUUUUCUCGUCUGCUAUGGAAUCCCCGAGUGUUGCAGAGGAUUCUGGGAAGUAAUCUAGGGAUAUCCUAUUCAUGGAGAUGAUCCGGUAGACAUUGUUUAAACAUUUGAUGCCACACUAGAUGGUGUACAAACACCCCACAGAUUCCCAAUUCCCUUAAUUUCGUACGGUUGGAGUGCCACUGAGAAGAAAGAAGGAACUUUGCAUAAUUAAGAAAGUCUCUGAGGCUCCCUUGUGCUGGUCACCAGUGGUCCCAGUCCUGAAAAAUGGGAAAAUAGGGAUCUGUGUAAAUCUUUAAAGCAGUUGGAGAAAAACAUGUACUCCCAAAACUAGAGAGUCUCCUUCCAAAAGUGACAGGAUUCCAAAUUUUAGUUUUCCAAAUUGCCACAAACAGUUAUUGAGAUACUCAGUUGACUGUAGUCUCCUUUUGGAAGAUUCUUUUUUCAGCUUUUGGAUGCUUGGAAUUAUGAGUGUUUAUAAGAUGUUCUAAAGGAAGAAGACAAAACAAUUUAAACACAAAAGGAACCUCUGCCUUCAUGGACUACAUUCAAAUGCAUAUCCCAUUAUAGCAAAGUACUGGCCGUCAUCUUCAAUAGGAUCCAUGAAUCUGGACUUGAGAAUAGAUGCCGUUUGCGUUCCGCUCCAGAAUUUCUACUGAAGCAGAAAACCUCCAUACACAUAUCUGAAAGGAAUAUUUUGUUAGUCUUUAGACAUGCAGAAAGAACGCUGUUCAAAUACCUGCCUAGCCUACCUGCUUUCUAAAGGGAAAAGGUUUGGACCAACUAUCAUCAUGACAGCAAGUAUUCUAAUGAAAGUGGCCUCAGAUCAGGAUGGUGUAACUUAGCAGUGCGCUGGAGAUUACUACUAAGUCCUUUGCUGACAGCAGACUGUGAGUGAACUGGAAAAUCUAAUAACAAAAAGCAACUGUAUUGUUGUACCGUGGGGCGAGGGAAGUGAUGGAAAAACUGGCCUUCCAGACAUUAGACUACAGCUCCCAUUGUCCCUGACCAUUCGCCAUGGGAGCUGGAGCUCUGACAGCCUCUGAGGGGCUGCAGAUUCCUUAGGCCUGGUUCAUGUACAAGAUAUAUUGGUUUUAUCUGCUACACCCUUAUUACACAGUGGUCUGUCUGAUUCCUGCAGGACAGAAGCCACUGUCCCUGACCUUAACUUAUCAUGGUUUGUUCAGUGUGAAACAAACCACAAUUCCUGGUUUGCGUGCAAUGCUAAACCAGGGUUUGUGGCUUCUUAUCUCCCAAAUGGAGUGGGCAGGAGUGAAGCAAGUGUGGUUGAUUUGUGCACAUUAAUCCACGUUGUAUGGCAUAACCUGGCAUGUGAAUGCGACCACUCUAAUGGGGAACUGGAUUUGCCACUUGCUCAUGUUUAUACCUUGAUAAACAGAUUUCUUGACGCAGAUGGUGGCAGCUGAAUGGGAGUGUCUUAUAAGAGAGGAAAUGGUUGCACUUCAAAGACAAUGAGAUAUGGCUUAUCUCCACAUCUACAUAAAAAGCAAAGAGCAUAAAAACUGAGGAUAUCCGAAUAACAGUAGUUUUGGUUAGGAAAAAGAUGAAUUUAUUAGUUGCUUUUUGGAGUGAUGUACAAAAAAAUGAACAUUGAAAGCAAUGAUAAAACAACGUAAAAUACACAGUAGUAUUUAAAAUAAGGUUACCAAUGAAUCUGGGGACACUUUUCAACUGGUAACCUUAAUUUAAAAACGUGGGUGGUGCUGUGGUCUAAACCACAGAGCCUCUUGGGCUUGCCGAUCAAAAGGUCGGUGGUUCGAUUCCCCAUGACUGGGUGAGCUUCCAUUGCUUGGUCCCUGCUCCUGCCAACCUAGCAGUUCGAAAGCAUGUCAAAGUGCAAGUAGAUAAAUAGGUACCACUCCAGCGGGAAGGUAAAUGGCGUUUCCGUGCGCUGCUCUGGUUUUGCCAGAAGAGGCUUAGUCAUGCUGGCCACAUGACCUGGAAAAACUGUCUGCGGACAAAUGUCAACUCCCUUGGCCAGUAAAGCGAGAUGAGCGCCACAACCCCAGAGUCGUUCGCGACUGGACUUAACUGUCAGGGGUCCUUUACCUUUACCAACUGUGCCCACCCUGUGAAAAGAUUAUUUUUAAAAAUGUAAUAAGCAAAAAGAUAUUAUUUAUUGGCUGUGAUUUUUUAAAUGUGUUUUUUCUCAAAGGGGAAUCCUGAAGCUAUCAGAAUUGCUUCAGAUUGAAUAAAUAGAGCAGUGCUUAAUAAAUCCCCCCCUUUCCUCCCAACUGCUUACUUUGGUUCAUAUCUCGAUCUCUAUCUGUAGCUCAGAGCUUAACUGUGCAAGUGGCAAAACCAUAGUUCUAUUCAGGAGAGAGUUCUAGGUUGAGUAUUGAGGUUUUAAAUGACAAUGAGGUGUCUAGCAGAGGCAAGGAGCCUCUGGAACGCAGGCUGGGUUAGGUGUGCCUGCCCCACCCAAUAGGCCCACAAGGUCAAGCCAGCCCCACCUGGCUUCCUCCUGAUGUUCUAUAUAGGAUGUCAGCUGUGGGGCAGGUAAAGGCGGAGCUUGGGCAAAAGGACUCUGGAGGCACUGCCAAUCCUGCUCCGCUCCCAAGUUGGGAACAGGGCCGGAUUUAGGUUUGAUGAGGUCCUAAACUACUGAAGGUGAUGGGGCCCUUUAUAUAGCAGGCGGGGGCCAUUACUUACAUCAUAGGAGCCUACACAACACAAAACACUGUUGUUGUAGGUAGGUUUUGUUUUAUUUGUUUUUUUAUCUUAAAUUUUCGAAAUGUACAUCCAGUUUUUUCCCCUUUAAUUUUUUUUGGGGGGCCCAAGGGAGUGGGGCCCUAAGCUAUAGCUUUUUAUCUUAUACAUAAAUCUGGCACUGGUUGGGAAGCAGCUGCAAAGGCUCCCUUGUUUCUGAUAGCUGCCCUCCAACUUACACUGGGAGAUAGGGGUUGGAGCGCCCCAUCUUGUAUUACAUUUCCUGCUUUCUAGGACACUUCAAUAGGACUAAUAUGUUCCACCUAAUAUCAGCAGAAUUGGGGAAGGCUGUCAAAAAGCUCUGCCCCUUGGAGCCCAUCAGCCUUUUUCAGAAGGCUAUUCUAGAGUCUUGUAUUGAAAAUGAAAGGAAUCAUUGCUGUGGCUCAGGGAAAGUAUUUUGUGGCAUUCCCCACCUUCUCCCCACCCCCUGUAGGCUCUUCAUCAACCUGUAUGAGCGGUCCAUCCUUUCUUUUACCCUCCCUCCCAUAUUUAUGUUGUUAUUUUAAGGGUAGAACUAAAAACAAUAUCUGAAAACCCAAGACAUCCGGUCAAGAUGUCUUGCAUGUGUACUUGUUUUUAAUAUUGAAUUUUUCCUCCUGGAAUGAGAAAGUGACAUAUGUCAGCCUUUUGCUGCACAGGCUGUAGUUGAGAUACUUAAGUACCUUGCUAAAAAUAGUGCAUCUAUUUUAGACAAGUGCCCAGUUAGGAGAGGAUAACUUGUGGCUUGCCAGCCUGUAAUCUGAAGGCACAGGCUGGUAUUAAACAGAAUGGAAACAAACAUUUUAUUGUAAUUAUGCCUCUGCCGGUUUUAACAAUUAGCUCUGAUAUAAAUCAGCUCGCAUCUCUUAGAAGUUGCUUUAGCGAUCCAGAAUUCCUAUGCUGCCUCUUUUUAAAAGGGAGUCUUUUAGUAUCAGUGCUUCAGUUCAGACUUGCUUACUUUCAGUUUUUAAAAGAAAUUAAUUUAUGGUUUUACAAUCUGUUUCCCAACCAAUAACAAAAGAGGAAUUAAAACAGAGUGAAACGGGUCCAGAAACAGUUCAUGUAGAGGCAGGAAGCUCAUAAUGAAGAUAAAUCAAUAGAGCAGAGCCUUGCCUCAGAGAUUUCUCUACAAGUCCCUCUACAGGUGAGCAUAUGUUCGAGGUGAUCUUCUCACCUGCUUGGUUCUCUUGCAUGUUGGAGGCCAAACAAUGGGGAACCCAUCCAAACCAAUCUUGUGCUUUCAGUAAUGUGGAACUAAAAAACCUGCUUUUUUAAAAAAAAGUUUUCCAUCAAUUAAUAAGAAAAUAAAUUGCAUUCAAAAGUUAUCAAAGGGCAGAGAGAAUUUUGAUGAAAUUCUUAUGGGUGGUUGAGCUGCUGCUGCUGCUGCUGCUUCUCCUCCUCCUCCUCCUCCUCCUCCUCCUAAUUUUUGCACUAACCUUAUUUUUAAGGUUACCAAGGGAGGCGUGAUGGUGAAUUUCCUUACUUUAAUUCUGCAGAUCAUCUCUCCAGUGGCCUGAACACUGCAGCCUUCCUGAGCCCUUGUGCUUCAGUUUGAAGCCAUGUGGAAAGUAUCAUGAGCUCCUCCCAUGGGGCUUUUUCAGAUUGGGAAAUAUGGGCAGCCCAGAAAGGCUGCACAGAGCUGGCGUAAAGUUUAUUUGAAAGAAAAACUCUGCAAUGUUCAGGAAAGCUCAAGCCCACACUCAUCAAAUUCUACAGAAAUUCUUAAGUGCUCUGAGAAUGAGGGAGGAAAAACCAGAAGCCUCUUUCACAAGGGAAUAAAACAUUUGAGGAAUUGGGAGCACACAUUUUGACAUGGCACAAAUGUUCAGUAGCAUAAUAGUUUCUAAUUUGUUCAACAGGAGUUGACAAACUUGGUGCCAGGUGUGUUUUCUGGCACCUGCAGGCCCCGCCUCCCAAAAUUAGAGUUGAGAUAAGCCAAUAGAAUUGUAGCAAAUAGACUCGAUUGUGGUGUGUUUUUGAGGUGCCCACAACAGUUUCUGUAGUUCACAAAUGUGCCCACGGGCCCAAAAAGGUUGGCAACCGCUGCACAACCAUUUGAUUGUUCUCUCUGGAAUAAGUUCUGACUGGCUCAGAGUUGGCGGGAGAUCUGAUGCUUGGCUCAAAGAGGAAUAAAGAGAUCUACUUAUUUCUUAAUGUUUGUGGUACCUGGUGGACUAAUCUCAUUCUCUCCUUGAAUUAGGCGAGGAAUGCUAGUGCCCAGCUGUAGCAUCUUCAGUGUUCUAUACUGAAAUACAAAACUUGUUAUGUUUUGUUUAUGGUGAAAGACAAAUUUGAACAUUAAUUUGCCCUGCUUUGGGACGCCAUAGAUUUGCCCCCAGGAACAUGAUUUAUGUGAACCUGAACCAAUUUAAUAUGAGAAUAAGUUGAAGUGUCAAUUGGUUCCAGAUUUGGUGGCAUGAACAAAAUCUGUGUAGAAACGCCAGGUGUGUGUGCAUUUGUGAUAUGUACUCUCUCUAGCCAAGUGAUCUACCCUGCAGCUCAUGUGAUUGGAGAGAUCGGAGAUCAGGCUUGACAUUUGAUUUGUCAAAUGGUACUCAAAUUAUCUGAAGCAUUCAUUUUUAUUAGAACACAGUACCUAUAUUAAUUACAAAAUCUACUCAGAAGCAGUGAUUCCUGUUCAUCCCAGAAGCUCCAUGCCAAAUCACACGAAGACUCUUCAUUUUUCUUCCCACAGUAGAAAAAUCUUGGGAGUUCAGUCCUGAUUUCCUAGUCAGUUGUGAUCUGUAUUCUGCCUCUUCAUAACAAAAGUUCUGGGGCCUUCAGGGCUGAGAACCCUGAGCACGUGCAGAAUAUGGCUGGGCAAUAUAUUGAUAUAUCAUCCAAAACCAGUUUGAAGUCUAUACCGUGAUAUCAGCUUCAUAAUUUUUGACCUGGGAAUAUAUUGUGAAUCAUGAUGUGUGUGUGUGUGUGUGUCUGUGUGCGUGCGGUAUGCAAAAAUCACAAUGUGAGAAAAACUGAAGCCAGCCAAUUCUUCUAUAUUGCUUCAUCCUUAUUUCAGACAUAGUGAUACAUCGGUAAGGUGGUACCUCGGGUUACAUACGCUUCAGGUUACAGACUCCGCUAACCCAGAAAUAGUGCUUCAGGUUAAGAACUUUGCUUCAGGAUGAGAACAGAAAUCGUGCUCCGGCGGCACGGCAGCAGCAGGAGGCCCCAUUAGCUAAAGUGGUGCUUCAGGUUAAGAACAGUUUCAGGUUAAGUACAGACCUCCGGAACGAAUUAAGUACUUAACCUGAGGUACCACUGUAUAUUGCAGUGUUUAGCUGGUGAUAUAUCACUAUGCUGAAAACCAGCUAUCUCAGUCCUAGUACAGAAUGUUCCCUUUGAAGCAAGUGACUGCAUUUUCUGUGCCUUGCCCUCCCCUCGGCCUCGGUCUGUCUGUCUGUCUGUCUGUCUGUCUGUCUAUCUAUCUAUCUAUCUAUCUAUCUAAGGUGUAAGUGCCCUGCACAGGUUUUCCUGCAGGGCCGAUAAGUUAAGUGCUUGCAGGCUGAAUGAGAGAUGUGUGGAUUUCAUUUGAAGCUUGUUGCCACAUCAGCAUGUCUGCAGGAAAUCAACGCACAUGCCUCGCAAGUUCUGCAUCCUGCAAAAUGAUGCCACCAUCCUACAUGUUUUUUGUAUAUAUAUCGUGCAGCUAUAUGGAGUAGCACUGUUUGCAUUCUCAGCAGAAAGAUUUUCCAUCCCGCACCUGCAUUGCAUGACUAAGUCUCCCACCACUUCCUUAGGGUGACCUUGUGUGCAUGUUAACACCAAACCCAGCUCUGUUGGAACAUUUAUUUCUUUUGACUUGGUUCCCUAAUUCUGACAACUGGCCCAAGAGGAAAGGUUUGUAUCCAGGGCAUUUCUUACUCAGAGUAGACCCAUUAUGGUUGAUGGACUUGGCUAACUUAGGUUCAUUGAUUUCUACUUGGGGUAGAACAACGCAAUUUUGUGACUGGUUGGUAACUCCAGCUAACUGUGAUAAAUACUUUGUGUGUUUUUUCCAGAGGUGUGUCCUCUUAAGGGUUUCCUUCAGAAAUGAAUGUUUUAAAUUAUGGUUGCAAACCCUCUAGUUAUAAUUUCAUUGUUUUACCUUUCUUCGUAAACCACUUUGAGGUAUUUUCCUGCAAUCCAGUGGUGGUGCACAAAGUUUAUGAAAUAAAAAAGGGCCAGUUAGGGAGAGUUUAGGGCACCUGGCCUACCCGGCAGCGAAGCCAGGAGAUUUCUUGGCAGAGCGUAGCAGGGAUGCCUGCUUCUGACCCUGCAGGGCUGUGGAGCAGAGGGACCUUACUCCUGGCCUUGCCGCAAGAGAGCACCAUGAUUCGUUGUAAAGAUGGGUCACCCCUUAAGGGUGCUCCAGUUCCUUCCUGGCCAGAUAGGCAGCCAUCUUGGCAGGUGCAUCAGUGAUGGCAGGGAGUGAGGAUGGAGGUGGCCUAAGCUUAACUUUUUAAAACGAAGGGCGAAACAUUUCACGGGUUGGCGGUUGUCAGAACGCAUCGGGCUCCAGGCAGCGUUGCAGAGCCACGUGAAAGUGUUCCCUUCCCAGGAGCUGCCAGGGCUGGGGGCAGAAGCCCACAGGCCUGUAUCCUGCUUCCAUGCGGACAAAACUGUGAAGCUAUGCUAGUCAGCGUGUUCCCUGAGGUUUUGCCGGGCUCUGGAGAGAUGCCACCUAGAUUUGCUGGGGCUGACAGGAGUUUGUUAUAGGGAGCAGACGGUUUCCCUUGCUAGAACAUCUCCCCUGACUGACUGUUUCCAGGGGAAAUUCAGGCGCUAGUUAUAACCCACAAAGCUCUACGAGGCUUAGGUCCAAGAUGUCUGAAGGACUGUGUCCCCCUAUAUGCACAUGCCCAGGUUUUGAGAUCUUCAGGGGAGGUCCGUCUCUCGGGGUCCCCCCCCCCAAUCCACACUUGGUGGGGAUGAAGGACAGGGUCUUCUUGGAGGCUGCUCCCAGACUUUGGAACUCCCUCUCUAGAGAAGCCACACUGGCUCCUUCCUUGUUGUCUCCUUGUUCCAACAUGCUUUGGGGAACUGACUGCUUUGAAUGAGGGAGCUGGUACCAUGCUGUUUUUAUUGUAUUUAUGUUUUUAAUACAUCUUUUAUAUUUAUAGAGAGAGAAGCAUAGAAUAGUAGAAUUGCAAGGGAUCCACAAGGGCCAUCUAGCUCAAUGUGGGCUUGAACGCAUGACCCUUUCUCAUGCUUUACCAAGGGAGCUACAUGCAGUUUAAUUCUAUUAAUAUUUAUUUGUUUUACAGUUAUUGUCGUUCUCUCUCCCCCCCGCCCAAUGUUUUUAACAGUUCCUGUUUUAUCUGUGAACCGUCUUAAGUCAGGGGGGAAAGGUGGGAUAUAGAUAGAUAGAUAGAUGGAGGCACUGAUUUUGCCCAUUGCGUCUAUUACCUUGUUUACAGAAAGUAGCUUUUGUGCACACCACUCAGUAGCUGCUCUAGGACAGAAGGUGUGGGCAACACUACUGUUAGCUGCAGUCCCCUCUAGUGCUCCCCUUGGCUGUAUCUUGGGACCCAGUGGGUGCUGCGCCUAGUUCUGCCGUGCUGGUGAAACUAAUAAUAAUAAUAAUAAUAAUAAUAAUAAUAAUAAUAAUUUAUUAUUUGUACCCCGCCCAUCAAAACAUAAUUCAAAACCCUUUUGAAUUAUGGUGCUGGAGGAGACCCUUGAGAGUCCCAUGAACUGCAAGAAGAUCAAACCUCUCCAUUCUGAAAGAAAUCAGCCCUGAGUGCUCACUGGAAGGACAGAUUGUGAAGCUGAGGCGCCAAUACUUUGGCCACCUCAUGAGAAGAGAAGACUCCCUGGAAAAGACCCUGAGGUUGGGAAAGAUGGAGGGCACAAGGAGAAGGGGGCGACAGAGGACGCGAUGGUGGGACAGUGUUCUCGAAGCUACCAGCAUGAGUUUGACCAAACUGCGGGAGGCAGUGGAAGACAGAAGUGCCUGGCGUGCUCUGGUCCAUGGGGUCACGAAGAGUCGGACACAACUAAACGACUAAACAACAACAACCCGGCCCAUCUGACUGGGUUUCCCCAGCCACUCUGGGCGGCUUCCAACAAAAAUUAAAAAUACAUUAAAAUGUCACACAUUAAAAACUUCCCAGAACAGAGCUGCCUUCAGAUGUCUUCUGAAAGUCAGGUAGUUGUUUAUCUCUUUAACAUCUGAUGGGAGGGCAUUCCACAGGGCAGGCGCCACUACCAAGAAGGCCCUCUGCCUGGUUCCCUGUAGCUUUGCUUCUCGCAAUGAGGGAACUGCCAGAAGGCCCUCGGCGCUGGACCUCAGUGUCUGGGCAGAACGAUGGGGGUGGAGACGCUCCUUCAGGUAUACUGGGCUGAGGCCGUUUAGGGCUUUAAAGGUCAGCACCAACACUUUGAAUUGUGCUCGGAAACGUACUGGGAGCCAAUGUAGGUCUUUCAAGACCGGUGUUAUGCAGUCUUGGCGGCCGCCCCCAGUCACCAGUCUAGCUGCUGCAUUCUGGAUUAGUUAUAGUUUCCGGGUCACCUUCAAAGGUAGCCCCACGUAGAGCGCAUUGCAGUGGUCCAAGUGGGAGAUAACUAGAGCAUGCACCACGAAGGAGUUGUGGGCCUGAUUGGCACUUCGGUAGUGAGAGAUGGGAAGGGUUGAGUUCUGCUGCUUCAAAGGCCCAGCAACCAGUGGCCAACCAGAUGCCCAUGAGAAGCCCAUGCUUCCCUCCUGCUAUUGUUCCCCAGCACCUGGCUUUCAGAAGUCUGCUGCCUCUGCUGCUGGAGGUUGCCUGCAGUUGUCAUAACUACAAGCAAGCCACGAUGGUCCUCUAUCAUCCAUUUUGGUGACCAUCUCUGCAUCUUUGUGAGAAUGAUUUUUUUUUUUAAAAAAUGAUAUUUAUUGAAAUUUUUUUAGAAUUACAGAAAAAAACACAGCAGAAAAAGAGAGAAAAAAAAGAAAACAAAGAGAAAACAAACCACAUCAAACAAUGUAAAUUCAGAAAAAACAAAAAUACACCACAAACAGAUAAAAACAAAUCCAUCAUUCUCAAAUCCUCAACUUUCAUUACCUUCUUUCUUUGACCUCCUCCUCCUCCUCCCUUUUUUUGUAUCCUAGUUAUUAAUUAUCGCAGCAAAUCCUUUCCAUGUUUCAUAAUAUUCUGUCAUUACAUUACCUUAAUCUAUUUUCAUCUUAUCUUAUAGAAAACCUUAAAACUUAAAACUUAACUCUUAUUUUUACCAACUUCUCAUAGCCGUAAUAUUCUUACCUAAUUCUUUAGACAUUUUUGCUAGAGCCAAGUAAUUUCGUUCCAACAUUUUUCUAACAUUCAUCAAUUUUAUAAAACAAUCCUAGUAAUAAAAAGAAAUAAAUAAAAACAAUCCAAUCUUCAUCCAGUGUCCCUUCCUCCUGGUCCCGGGUUUUGUCAGUCCUCUUUAUCCCAUUGAUCUAGCGCAUUAACCUGGUAACCUUAUAUCCGAGGCCCUUAAGUCUCUUCCAUGUCCCUUCCGCAGCUCUUCUUCAUAUUCUCCUUUCACACAUGGGAACUCCAGCUUGGUAAUGUUUUUGACCCUUUUCAACAAAUCAGCCCCUUUUCCAAAGUCCAGAGAAUGAAUUCCAUAGUUCUGUUUAUAUUCCACCAUUUGCUUUCAGUGGAUGACUCCAGGUCCUAGUACAGUGGUAUCUUGGGUUUCAUAUGCUUCAGGUUACAUAUGCUUCAGGUUACAUACUCCGCUAACCCAGAAAUAGUGCUUAAGGUUAAGAACUUUGCUUCAGGAUGAGAACAGAAAUCGUGCUCCGGCGGCGUGGCAGCAGCAGGAGGCCCCAUUAGCUAAAGUGGUGCUUCAGGUUAAGAACAGCUUCAGGUUAAGUACGGACCUCCGGAACGAAUUAAGUACUUAACCAGAGGUACCACUGUAUUACGAAAGAGGAACAAACUUAUCUGUGUGCACUUUCCCCACAACAUGCAUUAUUGUAUACACUUCUCACCGGUGCUAGAAACGGGGGCUGGAUUCUAGACACAUCAAAGAAGCGUUUCAGUUUAAAGCAAUGUAAGUUUAAACAGGGAAAACAGUUAGAGAAAAAUGGGACUCCACUUCGCCAUCUGGUGGCACAAUGUUGUAUUGCACAUACGGUGCAUAUAAAUCGCUUUUUUUUUUACCAGUCUAGCUGAGUCCCAAGAUAGAAAAGCUAGGAACCAAAUUGUUCCUGGGACCUGGGUUGUGGGCGCUAAAACAAUUGUCUAGUCGCCAUUGGUAUGUGUGCAGGCUCGGCAAUUAUUCAAAAUAUUAUUUUGAUAAGCAUGAAGUAAUACACAAUUGACACAUUGUUAAUAUCACAUUUUUAACAGAAAUUGUUAAUACAGUGGUACCUCGGCUUACAGACGCUUCAGGUUACAGACUCCGCUAACCCAGAAAUACUACCUCAGGUUAAGAACUUUGCAUCAGGAUGAGAACAGAAAUCGUGCGGUGGCGGCGGGAGGCCCCAUUACCUAAAGUGGUGCUUCAGGUUAAGAACAGUUUCAGGUUAAGAACAGACCGAACGAAUUAAAUUCUUAACCUGAGGUACCACUGUACAUGUUUAUUUUGGUGUUUAUAAUAAAAAUAUUGGUACCAUACUUCAGUUUUCAAAACACUCUACUGUUUAUUGUCAAACUCCUUAACAUAUUGUCUGUCUUUUUCAGCCGGGGGCCGGUCCACUGUCCCUCAGACCUUGUGGGGGACCGGACUAUAUUUUGAAGAAAAAAAUAAACGAAUUCCUAUGCCCCACAAAUAACUCAGAGAUGCAUUUUAAAUAAAAGGACACUUUCUAUUCAUGUAAAAACACACUGAUUCCCAGACCGUUGGCAGGCUGGAUCUGGUCCCCAGGCCUUAGUUUGCCUACCCAUGCCUUAGCAUAUACUUUUUUUUAAAAAAAUUAUUUUUUAUUAACCGGCCAAUCAAAUCAAAUCAAAUCACAUCACAUUAAUUCCGAAUUACAAAGCCGAAUUUUAAAUUUUGUUGAGGGGACCCAUAUUUCAAGAUCCGAAGGGGGAUUCUGAUCAUCUUCUUGCUACUGCGUUAAUGUUCAAAUCAGUCCAAACAAAGUUCAUAAUUCUAUCCAGUCUUAUCUUGCAGUUUCCACAUCACAACUUGUUCAUAUAUUUUCUCUUUUUUCUUUAUGAUCUCUUUUGAUAGUCUCCUUAAGACGAUAAACACCAAUAAUAAUCCUGUGUGAAUUUUUCCGUUCUUCCAAUCCUCAAAUCGAGAUGGUUUCCAUAUAUCAUUGCCUUCAUAGAUAACAUCGCUCUUUCCAUCAUUAAUCACAGAACUGUCGCUCUUAAGUCCCUCUGAGGAGUUUCACCCACAAUAUAAAAACAGCUCUAUUUCUCUAUUUCUCCUCUCAGACUUAAGUCCUCCGACAGAACUUCCCAAUAUGGCGACGGCACUUUUAACUGCGUCAUUCCAAAGCCCUUAUACAUUCCACGCUCUUCUUAAAACAUGCUUUGGUUCGAAAGUUUAACUCCACGCAGCCUUAAAUCCACAGCUUAAGUCCUUAAAACGACAUUUCUGACGUGUGGGGGGGGGGGAUUCUUGUUUAAUCACAUAAAAGAAAGAAAGUUUUUUCCCCCUCCGCCAUCAGUCCCUUUGCCAUACCGAGUCUUGGCGUAUCUUCUCAUGAUUUAUACUUGUUCCUCCGACUCGUCUUGUUUUAUCAGAGAUCUCUUCUGUUAGCAGUCUUUACUCCCCCUCCUUCCUUGAAAUAUGUGCAUUCGCUUCAUCCAAAUUGUUUCUUUUGAAGUUCUUGCAGCUAGUGGCGCGGAUCAGAGACGGCGUCCAGGAGCGCCGAAAUCCCACAGGAGGGCAUUGUGCCUAGUGCCCCCAUCCCCACAAAUUCGGGGGUGGUAUAGGGCACAGCAGGCAGGGGCAGUCCCAUCCCACAAUCCUGGGGGGGGGUAGGGAGGCUGUUUACUCCCAUCACAGCCUCCAAAUUACCUCGUGUGGGUCGGAGAGAUGUUAUUGUCAGCCAUCUUCUGAUGCGCCCCUAGUGGCCCCUCCUGCCUUAGCACAUACUUUGAGGCUUCAAAGCACAUACAUUUCAGUAAUCCUUGAAUGUCAGCCAGGCACCAAAAAAUGGCACCCAGACUUUUUGAGGUGCUCGCAAGUGGAGAAUCUGUAGGCUCAAAAUGCCCCUGGCGCCCCGCUAAUUUUGAACCCUGCCCAUAGCUAAAUGAUGAACCCUAGCAGGGACCACAGUGUUAUUUAUUAUUUUAUUUAUUGCACCAUUAAAUUACAUGGAGCAUUUAAUCAAUGAAAUUAAAGCAUUCGUGACCAAAUCGGCAGUAAUUAAUUUCUUUUGAGCAGUAAGGUUUAGACAAGUAGCGUAGCUGUUGCGGUAAAGUGAUUUUUUCCGGAGGGAGGGUGCCAGUGGGACGCAUGGGACCCUAAGUGUUCCUCUCUCUGUCUUGCAUGCCUGCUCUCCUUCCAGCAGAACUCUUGGCCCUGGAUCUGCGGAUUUGCCUUGCGCUGAGUUGAGAGCAUUGGUGGAACAGCCAAAUACGGCCUCCUUUGGCAGCAACAACACUCCAGAGUCUUGAGCACAGGCUGUUCUGCAACUUGAGAUCUUUAACAGGAAACGUCAGGGAUUGAACCUGGGAUUUUCUGUUGACAAAACUUGUGCUUUAUCGUUGCGCCAUGGGCCUUUCCCUCAACCACGCGUGGCAAAUGGCCUUGCCUUCUCCACAGUCACUGGGAAAUAUCUGCUACUUUCUCCCCCGUUUGGCCAGUGACAUGGGGUGGUUUAUCUGCAGCCCUAAAUAGAUCUGAUCAAGCAUGUUUGACAUAAUGACUCGUCAAAGUUUUGUUUAACAAACACGAGCCAUUACUUGCUGUAUAAAUAUCUCAGAAGUUUUCUGGUAGCCCAAAGUAGGAGGAAUGAAACGUUUGGUAAAGGGGAAACACUCAAAAUGUACUUAGCAGGGUUUAAAUGUUUAUAUUCAAAUUCAAAGCUGUACUUGGAAAUUAUUUUUAUUGACUUACCUGUAUUGACAUACAGUGUAAGUCUACAAUAGAGUUGCAUAUGCAAUAACAGACAGAUCUCUGCUCCUAGGAAUUUUUGAUCUGUAGUUGUUGGUCAGGGAAGCGUAGUGAAGGAGGGAAAGGCAUGCCUUGCAAAGUGCAUGAAUAAGAGCAAAGGGACUUAAAUUUGGUUAUCGUGGGAAAUGGGAAUUAAGCAUUGAAAAUGGAAUGGAUAGCCUAAUGGACUUGAAAUGUAUUAACAUGCUCAGUGGCAUAUAAUUCCUUUACACUUAAGGGUGGGUAAUGAAGGUUUUGCAAAUGUGUACCAUGCUACUUUUAGCACACCUGAAGAGCAGUGUACAUAAAAAAUUAUACGUGCUUCCAAGUAGUCACCAGAAAACUUAACCACGUUGCAUUCUCUAGUAUUCAUCCUCGUAGUGCAAUCUGAGUACUAUUGUGUUCUGAUUUGUAUGAAAGCAAUCUAUUUCUGAAUUUUCUCAGAAAAAUAAUAAUAAUAGUGAAAAGAUUUCCAGCACACAUCGCUUGGUGUUGGACGGGGGAAGAGCAGUAUUAUCUGAUCUUGGUCAGCGUUCGAAAUUCACCCGUCGCCAUUGGCUCUCUGCGACUCGGGAGCACCCCCUUGUGACCAAGUCAAGAUUUCCAGUCAUGUGGUUUGCGACCAAAAUCUCCUUUCCCUGGGCAGGAGAGGGCGGGGCAGCCUUUUGAUGCGCUGAGUCAGAGGGAACAUUUUUCAUUGUUGUACAAUUUGCAUAAGUAAGCAAACUCUGAAGAAGGGGCAGAAAGGGAGAUCUGGCUGAUUUUCACCCCUCCCCUUAAAUCUCACACUUUGCAGAUAGAAACGGCAUUGUGGUUUGCAAACAAAUAGAUUGCUUCUCUCUUGCAGGGUGGGGAUGGGGAUCAGGAAGAGAUCCGGCUGAUUUUCACCCCUUUCCUUCAGUUUUUCUGUGAGACACGUUGAGGUUUGCAAACAAACGCAAGCUGCAAACUGUUCAAUCAAUUUAUUGCUUGUGGGGCUUCUCCAAAGUGGAACGGCUCAGGCAGUAAAGAAGUCCCACUUUUUUUGCUUUGCCUCUCAUUUCUUCUCAUAAUAAUAUGUUUGCUGGCUUGCUUGGAAGAAUAAAGGUUUGUCCCCUUUAUUUGGAUUUUGCUGUAUCGUUUUUUCUAGGAAUGGAGGUUGAGUGAGUGAGAUGUACUGGAUGUGUGUGGUCUGUUUUUUCAACCCAGUCUGCGGCACGAGACACAGCAUCUUUCUAGACCUUUUUGGAGAUGAGUUAGCAAAGUCUGCUGAUGACACCAAAUUGUUCAGAGUAGUUUUUAACUAAGAGGCUGUGAGGCACUCAAAAAGGAUCUCUCAAAACUGAGUGAAUGAGCCGGACAAACGCCAGCUCCCUCGGCUUGAAAGCCAGAUGAGCUCUGUACCCCAUAGUCGCCUUUUACUGGACCUAACCUUUACCUUGGUGGUUGGAGUGUCUGUAAGACUAGAACCUGGGAGACUAGGGUUCAAAUCCCCUCUCAGCCAUGAAGUUCAGUGGGUGUUAUUGUCCUAUACAUACCUAAAUUUAAGUCCCAUUGUGCUCUCUGUAUGACGUGUUUUGCUAUGGCUGGCUCAAACUCUCCAAAUUGCAAAAAAACACAAAAAAAACAAAUAAGUUUUCUACACAAAGCUGUUCACAAAUUAUAAAGAUACAGGUUUUGGCAAACUACCCCUCUAAUUGGGUACAAGAGGUUUUUAGUUUUGCUAGAAUGAAACUGCAGUCACAUCUCUUAUAGACUGCUUUUCCACUUGAUUGCUUCUGUAUUUUAAAAGAGCUUUUGUUUUGUGCACAGCAUUUAUUCCAUCUUCAGCUAGAACCCCCACCUUGUCUUCAUUUGCUUUGUAAUCUUGUAUUUAAAAACUGUGCCUAGACACAUAGUUGUGGCGACCAUAAUUUCGGUUUAAGGUGCCAUUUGGCUCCUUGCUUUCAUAUCUCUGUUUCUAACGCUGCUCUUUGUGUUGGCCUUGAGACGGGGAGAGCAGGAUGUCCUCAUUGCCCGGCUCAGGGUUCCAAGCAGUAGUAAUCAUAUUGUGGCAGUGAUGUAAUGAGAGAAGCUUGCCAAAUCUAAACAAUUUAAAGAAUCCCCAGAUGUAAAUACUGUGCCGUCAAAGAUAGUUCAACAGAAAUUCCAAGCAAGUCGUACUUUGGCACGUCUGGAACCCUAAAGAACAUUUUUGCAAGGCGAAGAAUUCACUGGGGCUGUUUCGCUAAAAGGCUUUUGAUCCUAUAGAUAGGCAAAGUGAACCAACACCUUUGGUUGUAUGCAGGCAUCUUGGGUGUGGUUUUGGCUCUGAAUUUAGGGGUGCAAAGUUAAUGAACUUAAUUAAGUCUGUGUGCUUUAAUCAGCAGAUUAAUUGGCUAAAGUAUUAGUUUGAGGGGAAUGAGUGUUGGUGGGGCUGGGGUUUAAGGUCCCUUGAGAUUAUUUUAGUCUUUGCCCCCUUACUUCAACGGGAAAGGAAAAAGGAAAAUGUUAAAGACCAUUGCAGAGUCUGCGAGGGUUUGAUGAACUUGGAUUUUUAACAUCCUUCCGAAUAGUGCAAACCUGUUGUGCUGCAGGCCUUGGUGAAUAAAUUCCUGCUCACCUGUCCCUGAACUUCAGCAGGACAGUGCUAUAGCACAGUUGCCUUCUUGUCCCGAAUGUUGUGGGUUAGGGCCAGGUAUUCAGGAAGGUAUUCAUCUGGCACCAAAUUUGAAUGGUACAGUGCAAGGAAGGGAAGGCAAUAUACAUUCAGGUUGAGGCCACCAAUAUAUUGGUAAAUUGUCUGAAACUGUGUUGAAAUUGUCUGUGUUGGGCUUCAGAUGGCAAUGCCGGUUUCAGACAAUUUGAGCUGGUGAUACGUCAUGCCAGGCAUGCAGAUGGCAAAGCUGCAGGCAGGCAGACGGAGUCUGAGAAGGUUCUGGCACCUUCUGAGGCUCCUUCUGCCUGCCUGCACCUUUGAGGAAUUCCCCAUACCUCCUGCUCACAUGAGCCAGAGCGAUAUGGGGGCUCAUUCAGCUGAGGUGCAGGAGGCUUCUCUUAAACAAUUCUCCUCCCCCCCCCCAACAUUUCCUCUGGAAGAAGUGCCCUCUGUUUUUGGCUCCUGGGGGCAGUGAGCAUGCUAAGUCCUUGUCAGGCUGUCUUAGGUUGUCCUUUUUCUCUUUAUUAGUUUGUGAAAUAAAGACUUUUGCAUACCUGGGGAGUUCCUAUCAACUCCUAUCUGUGGUUGGCUGUGCUGUGGGAAAUUGAUCAGGUUCAAUAUUAGAAUAAGUGGGGACCUGUAACAAAACGCUCAUGGGUGUCUACAGACAAUAUGUCUGCAGAAACUAUUAGUCAGUCUGCCCCAUGCAGACCAAUGUAAGUCAACAGCAUGAAAGGAGAAGAGAAGGAGCCAACUCUCGCUCUGUUUACAGAAUCUUCCCUGCAGAUUUACCUGGAGGCAACUCCUACACAUGGUUGGCAAAUGGCUAUUUAAAAGUCUGGAUUGGGCAACAUAAACAAGAGUUCUAGCAGCUGCCUUUAUAAUCACUAUAUAGUAAUCACUAUGUUAUAAUCACUAUACAGAGGUCACUUUCAGACAUUGAGAAUUACAGUUGCGGUGUGUGUGUUUGCACGUCACCUUGCACAGUUACUGCUCAAGAAGAAAAUGGCAGGAUGGUUCUGUUGCACUCACAGGCCAUCCCAAACUAGCAUAGGCUUAGGGUUACAUAUGGGUGCUACUCCCAUGGUGCUAAGAAAGCUCGGCCACUUGUUUUCAUGUCCGCUCAUCAUACGCCUGCCUGAUGGGUUUGUUACUGAAGCUACAGAAGAUGUAUCUUGGUCACAGUCGGAGGUCCUUGGCUUGUGCUGUAGACAUAAGCCAUGGUGGGUCUCCCCAGGCUUAGGUCCCUUGAGCAAACUCUGGGCCCUGUUUUGCCCACAGCUUUUCUGCUUUAUUGUGUACUCAUUAUAUGGGUUGGUAGAGGUUUUUGCUCAAAGGAAGGUGAGGCAAGUCUCUCCCCCCCCCCCCAAGUUCAUUGUGGGUUCUCUGUUGCAUCAUAUUGUGCAUCAUAUUUAAUCUGCAGGAACCAUGAAUGACGUGCAAAUUAGAUAUCCAGAGCCUUUGCAUAGGCCACUGUGAGUGCUAUUUAAAGGAACAGCCUCUGCUUGCUAAGUGCCUUCAAUUGUAAAAAAAAAAAAAAAUCUGCAGCAAUUGGUGAUUUAUGGCCGGCUUAUUGUUUUCAAAACUUAUUCACCCUUAGAAACUGCCUUGACUAAAUUUUCAUUCUGCUGCUUGGUCAUGAUUUCCAUUUGAAGAGUUCAGUGCCUCUUUUUUUUUUAAAGGAAAAGCACAACCCUGAUUAAUGGAAUUGUCCCCUUUCAAUCUUGGGGUACAAAAUUUGACGACAGUCCUGCGUUGUGGAUUAGUCAAUAGUGAUAUAUGAGCUCUUUCUUGGCAAUAUUCUGUCAGUGUGGUAACAGAACUGUUGCUGCAACCAGGUCCCACAUUAUUUCCCAACUAUUAUGCCUCCCCCGCCAAACCCUUUCCCCAGUUCUCAUAGAUGCCCUACAUCCCCUCACCUUCGGCAAUACAGUGGUGUCUUUUUGGCCACGUGUCUCCUUUUGAGUGUCAGGGACGCGGGUGGCACUGUGGUCUAAACCACUGAGCCUAGGGCUUGCUGAUCAGAAGGUCGGCGGUUCAAAUUCCCGCAACGGGGUGAGCUCCUGUUCCUCUGUCCCAGCUCCUGCCAACCUAGCAGUUCAAAAGCACACCAGUGCAAGUAGAUAAAUGGGUACCGCUCUAGCAGAAAGGUAAACAGCGUUUCCAUGCGCUGCUCUGGUUCGCCAGAAGCGGCUUAGUCAUGCUGGCCACAUGACCAGGAAGCUGUCUGCGGACAAAUGCUGGCUCCCUCGGCCUAUAGAGUAAGAUGAACGCUGCAACCCCAGAGUCGUCCAUGACUGGACCUAACGGUCAGGGGUACCUUUACCUCCUUUUGAGUAGUCCUGAUGGAGGCACAUUAGGCAGUUUCAACUUGGAAUCCGAUUGUGUCUCUCCCACGCUGCUCUCCUCCUUGCCAGAUCCAUGCUACGUAACUGGAGAGCAAGACCUGGAUGAUGCUUCCUUUAGUAAAUCUGCCCCUAGGACUAGCCAUCGCCCCUUGGCUUUUUUGUCUGAAGGACAACCAUAUUUUUAGUCUUAACACAUUCAUGCAGAAAAGCCCUUAUCUUGUGGGGGGAGACCCUCACUUUAGCAUAGAGGUGGGAAUUCUGUCAUCUUUCCCACGGAAAUGAUCACAGUUUAUUUUGGUGCCUGUCCGAUUCAGGACACUUGGCUAGGAAAGGUCAAGAGGCAGAUUCACGGAACAAACAUCCCUGUUGUUGUUUUUUUUACAGUGGCAUAACUGUCACGGCUUUCUUCAAAGCAUUCUGGGAAUCGUAGUUGCUGAUAAUUCACUUUAAUCCCCAGAACCUUUUCAUUCUGCAGUGUAAAUAGGCCCAGUUCAUCUCUCUCUCUCUCUCUCUCUUUUUUGAAAGAUUAGUAAAGUACCUUUUGGGGAAUUUCCAUUGUGUUUUAUCUUUUUGAGAUAAUUUAAGUGUAGUAAUGCUGAAGGACAUGAAGUGUUAUCUUCAGCGCAACAGCACUAAAUAAGGCCACACAACACAAAUGCCAAAUUAGGGGCAUGAGUCUCUGGCUGUGUUGUUUGAGAAGGAUAGAAGUUGCAGACAAGAAUAGCGCAUAUGAACAGUCAUAUUCAUUUUCUCAUAUCCAAGGCAAAAUGAUGGUAGGCAAGUACCUGGCUUAGAUUUUUAGGAAUACCCAAGGCCAGAUUUGGAGAUGAAACUAAAUAAAGCGAUCUGUAUGAAAGCAGCCACAGCUGGCAUUGGGAACCUUAAAUAUGGGGAAGGGCCACCAUAUAUUGGGAGCGGAAAGUCGCAGGUUCAAUCCCUGGUGGCCUCUCCAGGCAGGCCUGGGAGAGUCGCGUGCCUGAAACCCUGGAGAACCACUACCUGCCUGAGCAGACAGUACUGAGCUGGGGGGACCAAUGGCCUGACUCUGUGAGGCUGCUUCCUGUCUUGCUAAUUUCCUGACACUUCCUCUGAGAAGGUUGCCCUAUGACAAUAAACUCUUGCAAUUACACAAUGUGGGCAUAGCAUCGUGUUCUAUUGGAAUGUACUAGCAUUAUCUUUUGGUGUUCAUUUUUAUUUCUUUAUUAUGUCUAUCUCCCGGCUUUUCCUUGGAGGAGCUCAGUAUGAUCUCAUAGGUUAGUCAUUUCCAUUUCUUUUCAAGAAAUGGAAGAGGCCAGAGCUGCAAGAGGUUGGGCAGAAAGGGAGCCCGGGCGGACGCGCCUUGACUUUCCCGUGGUCAUUGCAAACCGGCGGUUAGAGCCAAGGCCUCGCCUUGUGACCGAAUGGUGGACUUGGACCAGGAAGCGUGUGAUAGCACAAUGAAAUGGGUUACUGAAGGAAUAGACUAGGUUCUGUUUGAACUUGGGUUAAUCGUUGCCUGAUUUCUGUAAUUUUAGAAAGCUGUAUGAGGCGUUAAUGUUCAUUUCCCCCUGCAUAUUCCCUGAAGCAUUCAUCCACCAGAUCCGUAGGCUCUGCCAGAGAAAGUGGUCUCUGACUGACGAUGUCAGUGACCUCCAGCUCCUGUCCUUAGAUCUGACUUGGAACCAAGUGGCACUGAUGGAUCCGUGUCAGGAGGGUCUUGCUGGUGACACUACUUUGGGUCAAGCAACUGUGAACCUUUCAGACCCCAGUUCAGUUGUGUCUUCAAAUAGAUAGAAGUUUGGAGAGUAGAUGGUUGUCACAUGGCACAGCUGCUUCCCAAGGAUUCCUCCUGCCAGAUCCUGUCCGAAGGGACCAGUUGUUCUGAGCACUUUUGCACCAGAGGACCCUGUCCAACUGUGAUCUUGCACAGCUCACCUUGGAAGAAGAAAAGAAUUGUCAGCAGCAGUCUGGCCUGUGCAUGCAUUGUAGAAAGGCCUGGCAUGAUGCUCUCCUGCCUCUUCCUGAGAUUUUACUGCCACGUAUUUUGAUCUUUCCCAUGUUUUUCAAAUGUAUUUAUUUAUUUAUUUUUCAGUUGCCUGCAUAAGGUCGUGUAAGAAAAGUGAGGGUAACUUGUGGGCUUAAUGCAGGCACAGGCAAACUUGGCCCUCCAUAUGUUUUUGGGACUACAACUCCCAUGAUCCCUAGCUAGCAGGACCAGUGGUCAGGGAUGAUGGGAAUUGUAGUCUCAAAACAUCUGGAGGGCCGAGUUUGCCUAUGCCUGGUCGACACUGACGGGCAGAGGUUCUCCGGCGUUUCAGUCAGGCACCUCCUGCUAGUCCUGCCUGGAGAUCCUGGGGCUUUAGCCUUUGCCCUUCUGCAUGCAAAAAGCAGAUCGCCUACCGCUGAGCUGCAGGCCUUGAAGGCGUGGCCAUUUUCUGCAGCCCCGUUGCCUAAGAUCCCUUGACUGGAGAUGCGAAAGAAUUGUAGCUGGCACAUUCUGAAUGCAAAUCCUGUGCGGUGCCACAGAGUUAUGGCUCUGUCUCCUUUGACUGUUCCUUGCUUCAUCUGAGUUUGUGAGGAGAUGGGUGCUUAGGAACAGGCUGUGCUGGAGGAGAGGUUCCCUGAAAACGGUAGUUCUCUCAGUUAUUUGUUCUCAGAGGCUACAGGCCUCUUGUCUAGACCUUGAGAUGACGGCAUCGGCUCCCCUUUUAACUGUGUCAGCUUAACCAGAAGAAUGGGUUGCAAGUACAGUAUUUCAGAGGCACAUGCUGCCUUCUAGAACAUUUUCUUCUGAAACUGCGCAUUCAGGUGGCCUAUGAAAGGGCCUUCUUCGCAUACUCUUAUUGUUUUGGUGGGAAUACUCAUAUGUGACCCAGUGGGGCUGGCACUGAAGAUGGCAGUUCGUCUCUUCCUCUAAUGUUUUGGCACUCUUACCAUUGCAUGACACCAUUGUACGAAUGGGGAUACUUUCAGAAAUAGUCCUCAUUGCAUGUACAGUGGUACCUCGGGUUACAUACGCUUCAGGUUACAGACUCUGCUAACCCAGAAAUAGUGCUUCAGGUUAAGAACUUUGCUUCAGGAUGAGAACAGAAAUCGUGCUCCGGCGGCGUGGCAGCAGCAGGAGGCCCCAUUAGCUAAAGUGGUGCUUCAGGUUAAGAACAGUUUCAGGUUAAGUACGGACCUCCGGAACGAAUUAAGUACUUAACCCGAGGUACCACUGUAAUGUGUAGUUGCUCACUGAUAUUUUUUAAGGGUGGGAAGGUGCCGGUCCCCUCCUUUUUUUACUAGGCAAUCAACCCUAUGCAUGCUUGCUUCUGUCCCCACUGCAUUUAGUGGAGCUUAUGCCAAGGUUAGGAUGCGGGUGGCCCUGUGGUCUAAACCACUGAGCCUCUGGGCUUGCCAAUCAAAAGGUUGGCAGUUCGAAUCCCCACAACGGGGUGAGCUCCUGUUGCUCAGUCCCAGCUCCUGCCAACCUAGCAGUUCGAAAGCAUGCCAAAAAGUGCAGGGAGAUAAAUAGGUACCGCUCCGGUGGGAAGGUAAGCGGCGUCUCCAUGUGCUGCUCUGGUUUCGCCAGAAGUGGGUUAGUCAUGCAGGCCACAUGACCUGGAAGCUGUACGCCGGCUCCCUCGGCCAGUAAAGUGAGAUGAGCUUUACCGCAACCCCAGAGUCAUUCGUGACUGGACUUAACUGUCAGGGGUCCUUUACCUUUACCUCCUUUUUAUGCCAAGGUUAGGAUGUGUAGGAUUGCAGACAAAAUCUGCUUAUAAUUAUAAGAAAUUUGAGAAUAAUUGCAUUCAUAAGCCUUUUUCUGCAUGACUUUAUAGAAGUUUCUUUCCUAGCAGAAUUGUGAAAAGCAGUUGACCAAGAAGUGUACUCCUAAAUGGAGCUCUUUCGAGGUGAUUGUCAGCUAAACAGAGAAGCUGUGUGUUUAGUUAUUGAAUCCAGGCAGCCAGCAGACUAGGUGAUGUGCAGUAUACUGCACAUAAGCCUGUGUUUAGUGUGAACGAUAUCAGUGCUUUGCUGUCUAUUGCUUCUAAGCGGAUUACACUGCUGCACAUGCAGAUCAUAGGAAUUUGUAGGCAAAGAGCACCUCUACCUACAGUGGUAGGACUCAGUAGUUUAAAAAUAAAAUAAAUUUCUACCUUUCGAAUGUUUCGUAGGUUUAUAAGUAGUCGUUUGUCAGAUCUCUUGUGGUAAGUCAGAAGACUCUCCAAGUGAUUAGGCAGGGAAAUCUUGUUGUAAUUUGGGGGGUGUUCUUUUGUAUGCAGAAUUUGUUGUGCUCUGCGUGACUUACAGAAGUAUGUGGGUGUUUGGGCAAGUCAGGUAUGCUAGUAAAAUUUUAUGUGGGCUAGCAGCUGUUAUGGGCUUUAUUCCAGUCCUUCUGUUAUGCAAUAAAAUAACAUUGAAUGGUAUGAACCUGACUGCUGGGCUCCCAAUAUUACUUCCAUACUGUGAUUGGCAGAAGGGCACAGGCUUUUCUCUUCCCCUCUCUGUUCCUCCAUCUCCAAGUUGUUUGCCAUAUUAACAAUUUGUCAACGCCUCCAGCACAGUUUUCUCACCAUCUUGUUUUUACACUGCAGGUGCCGCAAAGCAGUAGAUGUAAUUUUGAAGAUAUUCUGAAGGCACAAAUGGCUUUAGCUGGCUGCCCAGACUCCAUUUUGCACCAUCCUUACCGAAUAGUAAGUUAUAACUUAAAUAUAUUUAAAAUGCAUGGAAUCCAGCUGUAGUGGUGGAGUAAAGUCUGUUUACUGAGCUGAGUAACUCACUAGUUCGCCUUAAUUACAUCAGUGGCCUGGAUCAGAUUUAAAGGGAAUCCAGGCUUUCCUGCUAUAUCAGCGAUUCAUUGUGAGCCUUGGGCUCAUGCGCUCAUGCGCUCUUACUCUCAGCCUCAUCUGCAUGCCAGAGGAGAUUGGAAGAUUUCCCUUCCAAUUUUAAGCAGACUGCAAACCAGGAUCCAAAACCAGCUGCCAAACUAGAGCUUAAACAAACCAUACUUCUCUGCGUUCGGACCUUGACACGGAACUGCAAUUUGUUUAAAAUGGGGGGCGAGAUCCGCCAAACUCAUCCUCCAGGCAUUCAGAGGAGGAGGAGAGGAGGUAGCGUUGGAACCCGAGGCAUGCACUGACCCAUGUACAGAUUGGGAAACCAUAGUUUCGCACUAUGGUAGACCCACAACUUAUGUAGGAUUUAUUUACGUGAUUGCAGCUUUGCAUGGGUGGUGGGCGAAUAAAUAAACAGAUGGAGAGCCGGGGGACGGGACAAUCAGAAGGGGUUGUCCAAGAUCUCGCAAAGGUCUCAAGAGGGGCAUGGCGGAGGGCUCUUUCUGUGCCGAGUUUUCUUGACACUGAAAGUUUUUAAGCCCUCCAUCUUGCUUACCGGGCUCUGGUAAGGUUACACAAGGCCUCUGGAAGGGAAGGCUGUGGAUUUACUAUUUGUCAACUAAUAUUUUUACUGGGGAAAGUGUAUUAUGUUUCAGACCUGCACAAGUUGUGAGCUGUGCAUUGUGGCUCCGCUAGGCAGCAGAAGAAUAUCUUUGGUUUCCCCAGUGGGCCACCAUGCAUGGCAGGAGGACUGUGCCUGGCUUUAUGGGCUAACUUUAGCUGCUUUUUGUGCCCUGAUGGCUAACCUGUACUACUAGGCCAGUAAGUAUUCAAAGUCUGCUUUGGAAAAUGAGUGGCUGGUCUUGGUGUUUUAAAAGCAAGCAGUCAUUCCAGAUCAGCUGUACAUAGGAUGACUCAGAAAGUGAGGGUGACUGAAGCCCUCAAAAUUUACUUUGAAGGUCCUUCUCAAGGUGCUUUAUUAUGACAUAUUACGGUUUAGGCUAUUUUCAGGGGAAAUAAUCACAGCUCUGUAAAUAGUGAACGGAUUUUGGGACACCCAGAUCAAAGGCAAAGAGCAGUGCUACUAAAAGGGGUGUUCCUGCAACAGCAAUAUGGGUUGGUGGCUCCUGCUAGUUGUAUCAAAACCAACCAUGUAGGAGAGGCUACCUCAAUCUUCACAGAAGCCAGGAGGAGGCUGGCGCAAGACCGAUGUUUCAUGCUGAGGAGGAAGUUGAAAAAAGGUUAUGGAGAAAUGAUAGUAAUCUCAACCAGAUACAAAUGUAAUGCUUUUGCUGGUGCUCUUGCUAACCACGAAAGCAACUGAAACAGCCUGUAAAACAGUGAUGAGGAAUUUGCAGGUCUGUUUAGGCCCAGCCUAUGAGGCGGCUCCCUGCCAACCACACCUGAUGUAAUAUGUGAUUUGCAGUUUGUGGUAGCCAGGGACAUGGCUGCAAAGGAACAAGCAGGGGCUUAAAAGUUGCCAGUUGUUUCUGUGCAAGCAGGGCUUCCCAUCAGUGCUGGUAAGCAGGGAUCAGGAACUCCUUAGUCCUGCUUUCUGUUUUGAAGGAUGGAUAAAAUUCAAACCAUUUCCUCAAAAUGGACUUUGAGGAGUCCAUUUUGUAACCAUGUAAACAGAAUGGGAUGUGCACUCCCAGUGCCUGCCAGCUGAUUGGCACUGAAAGUGCAUCUUCAGACAAGGUUGCUCUAACCACUAGUCAGCUGAUCAGUAGUUAUAGCAACUUCCUUUAGACUUGGGACAAGUAUUAGGCAUCCUUCAAUUUGCAGCACUCGUGUCACCUUUCAGGGGUGAGAUGAAUGUUACUCAGAUGCUGAGAGAUUUGAGUUGCCCUAUGUGUGGUAUCUUGGGUACCAAAACACUAAUCAUGGAAGGCUAUGUGUGUUUACCAAAGACAAGAAGGAUCUGCCCAUCAGAUCUGCCCAUCAAAAAGUGCUUUUGAGUUCUGUGUUGCACAUGCUAAUUAAUCCCCAGGCUACAACUGGAACAUAUAAAUGCUGUUUUCUUGAACAUACCUCCGCCUGGAAAGAUAAGUCUUUCUUACCAACAGUCUUACCAGUUUUCUCAGGAUCACAAUACAGUCGUACCUUGGUUCCCGAAUACCCUGGAACUCAGACGUUUUGGUUCCUGAACGCUGCAAACCCGGAAAUGAUUGUUCCAGUCUGCAGACGUUCUUUUGGAACCUGAAUGUCCCAUGAGCUUCCUGCAGCCAAUCAGAAGCCGUGACUUGGUUUUCAAACAUUUUAGAAGUUGAACAGACUUCUGGAAUGGAUUCUGUUCAUCUUCCAAGGUACGACUGUACGCUCAUUCUAUAGAAUCAUACACAGUCAGUGAUCUUCAAAAAUAUGUACCUGUUCUGUACUUCCUGGAUGUGCUUGGUAGGAACUUGAGGCGUUGAGUUGGUUCAUUGUUGAUAGCAGCAGUUCUUGUAAGUCCUGGAUGUCUCAUGCGCCUGUCUUGGUGAGAUGCUUCUGGUUCCCGAUUCAGCAAGCAUGGGAAACAGAACAAUGUGUCUUUUGUAGAGCACCCGCAUAGUCAUGUCUUCCUUGCUGGUUCUUGCAUGUCCACUCCUAUUUCUUUAAUUCUGACCUUGUCCCACAUGAGCAGCAUGGAGAAAAUGAUUUUACUGGUGGGGUUCUACUGUAUCCCUCUUAUGUGAUGUCAGAAACAUCAUCACGUUCGCAAUAUGCGAGGAACAGUGUGCAAAGCAACAGUCUGUGUGCUCAUUUGCAUAACGGUAAGUACAACUUGGGCACAAUUGCUAAUAAUUAGGCAAGAUGUUCCCUGUUCAGAAGUGUUGCUGCCGCAGUCCUACAGUAUGAUAAAGAAAGGUUGCAAGUGAGGAAUGUUCUCUAGAAUCUACACAGUAAAAGUAAUCAUUGUCAUCGUCAUGUGAUUUGAAUGCCACCUUUCCAUAGUUCAAAGCAUGCGCAAGGCGGCUUGCAACAUGAGAUGAUUUACAUAAUUGCAAACAUAAGAAAAGUAGUUGUAAACGAUAAAUAAAGCACAUCAAAAAAGUGCAUGACCAAAUCACACAAUUUCCACAUAAUUCAUAAUAAGAUUUAAAAACAGCAACAAAAAGAGGCUGUUCAACGGCCUCAGCUUUUGUAGCUGGAGUCAGUCCAGGCCCCGCCCUGCCAGGUCAGGUGAAAAAAUACCAUUAGGGCAGGGAGCAGGUGUUUCAGGACUCCCAGGCAAGAUGGUUGCUGGUCUCAGCUUUUGCUGGAGGUAGCUGGAGUCUCUUUGCUCACUCACAUUGGAGGAUAAAUGGCUCAGGCAUACCUGCUCAGAGGUAGUAAUGAGGUGAGAGAAGAGGUUCAGACCUUUCUAGCAAUCAUUUGGUAUAAUAGACAUCACAAAGUGAGAAGUUGCUGCAGUUAUUAUGGCGAACCACUAAAACAAAUGUCACUUUAGUCAGAUUAUCUUCUCGUUAGGACCAACGUUGCAAGAAAUCCUGUCCUGUGUGCACUUACUUGUAAAUAAGUCACAUUAAACCUGCUGUCCUAACCAUUUAAGGCUGCAGAAGCUAUACUAAUAACAGGCACUGCUUAUAAGGACUGGCGGUGGAUUCCUGCCACAAUAGCUGCACAUUGCACAGAGUGAGUCCCACUGGUUUGCAUGAGGAAUGCUCCCUGGGAAGUGUUUACAGGACUCCAGCCUGAACUCAUUACUCUUGAAAAGUGCCACACAGGCCUUCGAACAAGGGCUCCCAGGUACUUUCAGAAUCAUGGGGAAAUAUUAAUAUCCCACUCCCCACUUAAUGCAAUUCUACACCUUUUUUCUAGAAUGUGGAAUACGAAGCCGACGAGGAGCUGGAGAGCAGGAUCUGAAAUGUCCAUUUGGCCGCUGUGUGGCCUUGGCCUGGUCACCAUCCCUUAGGCCAGGCAUAGGCAACCUCGGCCCUCCAAAUGUUUUGGGACUACAACUCCCAUGAUUCCUAGCUAAAAGGACCAGUGGUCAGGGAUGAUGGGAAUUGUAGUCUCAAAACAUCUAGAGGGCCGAGGUUGCCUAUGCUUGCCUUAGGCUAACCUCUCUCACGGGCCUGUUGUGAGGAGAACACGGGGAAAAUGAGAACCAGGAGUGCUCCCUUGAGUUCUUUUGAGGAGAAAAGAGAGAGAUAAAUGCCAUACUGAUGGACGUACGAUCUUUAUUAUUGUUUUUCUCCAGCCUGCCUGCCCGGAUUUUGAAUAGGGAGAGGGCACGUUUGAAGCCACAGGGUGGAAGGAAACCUAAAAAUGAAGCAAAAAAAUAAUGUACACAAUCAGACCCUGCACAUGCAAGUUCUGACUUGGAAUCAUUCCCUGCGCUAUCCUACAUUUUGUAAUAGUAUUUUAAAUUUCCAAAGUGUGUUUGUCCUCACAACAACCACCCUGUAAAGUAGAUCACAGUUGCAAUUUUAGCAAAGCAAUGAAAAGGGUAGCACUUGUGAGUUCAGGCAGAAGCGUAUGUGGGAGACAACCAGAGGAAGUGUGGCUUUGAGAUUUUUGAGAAAGUUUAAUUUUUUUCUUGCAGUUCUUCUCAGGUGGUCUGCAUCUUGCUUGCCCUAGGAAAUUAGCAACCAUUCCUCCUCCUCCUCUCAGUGGGACUUGGGCUCUGGUUCCUAACCAGUGCUUUUCUUCUAGAAAAUCAUAUCCUUGAGUACUCCCAGGAAAACAACAACACUGUCCCUAACAUAGAUUUCCCUUCUGAGAUUGGUGGAUCUUUUUUCUUCCUCUGCACAUUUUGUUUGUGGAGCUUGUUUUGUCAUACACAACUUGUACAAGUUUUGAUUGUCUUGCAUUUAGGUGAAGGACUUAGGGCCAAACCUGGCCUGAAAUGAGAAAUAUGCUCCUGCGGGGUUAGGAGACCUUUGUGUGGUGCAAGAGAUUAUUUAACCUGUUCCUGCCUCCAUUGUCCCAGACAGAUUCUCCUCCCCACUCCCCAUGCUUAAAGGAACAAAGCAUUGUGAAUGGUGGGGGGGGGGGGGCAGGAUUUCAGCCCGAGAUUGCAGGAGAACCAAAGGCGUUAAAGCCUGCUUUGCUGCAGUCCUGAUCUGGCUCAGAAGCACACUGGCUAGCUAUUCGUUUUUAAAAAGCCGGAAAACUCAGCUAUGCAAGGGCAAACUAUGUGACAAGUAUUGCAUUUAGUUUGGCCCUCCAGUUAGGAGCUAGAAGUUGUGUUUAGGAGGUUGAUCCUGGUAAGUUCCUUGCUAAGUUCUGUGUGCCGUUUAUGUACCUCCUCAUAAAAGCUGUGCUUGCUGAUCCAGGAACUUUCCUUUAAUCCAUUUGCUGUUCAAACUCAUUCCCUUGGAAACUAUCUCUAAUCUUGUGGGGAUUAAACAAAAAACAAAAACCGCCGCCACCCUCUCCUCUUUGCCGUGUUCAGGAGGUCUUUCCAAAACUCUGUCUCUUUGGUUUAGAAAAUAAUGCAGCAGUGAGAAUUGGCAGCACUUCGCUCGUGUUCCUGGAAGUUCAGAUUGGAGUUCCAGAAUUUCUCAGAAAACAGGGAUGACUUACGGCGUGUGCAUUCCUAUUCUUAUGCAAUUGGGAGUCGCAGCAGUAAUCGAGCACAGUCACUUGAACUCUUUAUUCAAUUAAGGAGGAAAUGAACGUUAUAGCAUAGUGAUUUAAUCAGUGACUCUUAUUCCAGUAUAGGGAUUCAUCAUGAAGUGACUAAAAGAAGCUUGAGGGGAAGUUCAGAGUUCAGUUCCUCUGCUCCUCCCUCCCUCUCCAUCCCACCCCUCCGCUCACGUAAGCACCAGAAGUAAAGGCAUUAAAUUAUCUCUUGUUUCCUGCAAGCUGGAACAAACAUAUUCAGUCUUUCCAGACCUAGGACCCCCCCUUUUAACCUAAGCCUGCGUUUGCGGACCCAGUGCUGCUGUUGUGACGCACCUUGGAUCAGGCCACAGCCCACCAGCUGAAGACCAGGGAGCCAGAAGAUACGCUUUGAUGUGAAUAACACAUAAUUUUGUGGAAGAGGGAGGCGAAGUUUCAAAGUGAAAGAGAGAGACUUCUAAUUCAAAUGCAGUCUCUGUGUAGACAUGAACCCAGAAUACCAGUUGCCAUAUUUCAAAAAGUGACAAAGGGGUGUGUGGGUGUGGGUGUGUGGGUGUGUUUUUUUGGGGGGGAGGUGCUGAACUUUUUUUUUUUUUUUUGCAAAAUCUCAAAAAAAUGAAGUUUUUGAGCUUUUAUUUGCAUUAGCCAUAGCAAUAAAAUAAAAUGUACCGAAGGUAGGGGUAAUAACUUAACUAUGCAAAAUACAUUCUGGAGGUUUACAUCAAUCAUCAAAUAAUAAAUCUUAUUCUAAGUGCCCCUGCUAAAAUCUUUGCAGUCACCUGAUUAUCUUCUUCUGCGAGAAGAAGGACACAGUGGCAUUGGUUGAGCAACCCGGCAUGGACAAUAAUAGAGGGGCAAUAACCCCACGCCUUAAAUCUUUAUAAAGAGAGCAAGCCAGAAGCACAUGAGCUCCUGAUUCAGUACUGCCACCUCCACAUGGACAUAACCGUUUUCCCAGCGGAAUUUUUUGAAAUCGACCCUCAAGUACAGCUGAAGGCAGUAGAUUUAAUCUCGCGUAAGUGAAAGCAUGUCUGUAUUUUGGAAUUCUUAAACUUUGCAAAUAGGGUGCCAACAUAUCAAAAUGACUAGGCAGAAAAUAACCAUACCAUGGAUAAAAUUUCCAUAUUGUGUCCAAAUUAUUCUGUUGCUCGAUAUCAUAUAGGCGCUGUCAAAUUAAAUUAAGUUUUUGAGCUAUUUUUAAGGAAAUUUGCCAAAAUACAGACUUCCGACAUGGGUUGUCAUACAACCCGGACACCUCAGAAAUUUCCGCCUGGACACUGUAUCCGACUGCCAUAUUCCAGCUACAUUUAGGAAAUUCCAGAUGUGUGGCAGCCCUAUGCAAGACCUGCCGUUGGGAACCUUUCCUGAUAGGAGAUUUCCUCCAGCCCUCAGUCAUUUUAGUGGUUCUGUUUGUCACCUUUUUGGCUCUCCAGUAUCCUUUUUGAGGUGUGGCAACCAGAAUGGGAGAGGAACUUCCAUCCCAUGGUCCUAAUUUGGUGUGGUGUGGUCUCAGUGUGGCCCAUGAGGUAGUUUCCCUGAAACCCACUUGCCCCCAUACCGAAUGCCAUAUGGGGAGGUGCUGCUGCCGCCAGGGCACCCUCAAGAACCUGGGGUCAGCUGUGCUGCUGAGUUCUCCAUGGGGAGAACAAGCGGAGUUCAACUCAGCUGAUAGCAGUGUUGAUGGAUGGUUUCUGGACCUGGCAGAGCUGCUAGGGGGCAUGGGAAGCCCAACCAUGUUGUGUCCCCCCCCAAUUUUAUUUAUUGGUUUUCCAAAAUUUUAAACAAACAAACAAACAUACAUACAUACAUCUUAACUGUACUUGAUCCAAUCUUAGUAACAUUGUUAAGUGACUUCCUCAAAUCCCCCUGGCUGCAUUUCAGUGUAUAUCAUUGUAACAGUUUCCCAAAACCCAUUUUCUCAUAAAAUUAACUUAAUCACUUAACCUCUUACUUUGUUUUCAUUUUGACUUUAAACAUAUUAUUCUCUAAGAGCACAUAAUUAAGUCCUAAGCCUAUCUGGAAUUUGCAAACUUUUCCAAUUAAACUAUCUUAGUAUAUUUAACUAAAUAGUAUUUGAAUUUCAUCCAUUCCUCCUGGUACUCCUCCUCCUUCUGGUUGCGGACUCCAACCAUGUUUUUUUGGGUUUUCUCUGCCAACCUCUUCCCUUGCAAAGAUAACCAUGGACACAAAAGUCCAUUACAGAUGACCUGUGUAGUCAAUAUGUUGGAUGGCAGCCACAGUCCUAUUGGUUUUCUAUCUGUUUUUAUUCAUUGAGUUUGUAUGGCCCAUGAAUCUUAAGUUACUGUGGGGCGAGUCAGGGAGGCUCCCUGGCCCUAGCUUCCUUGUACCUUGAUGCUUUGCUGCUGCAGCUGAGCUACAUUGUCAGCUAGGGUUCUCUUUGUGUCCCUUUAAGGCAGAAAUCUUACAGAUCAGUGUACACACCUAAAGUGACAAUUUGGCUUUGUGAUUUGUACUAAACUACCACACGGUUUUGGGACGCGGGUGGUGCUGUGGGUAAAACCUCAGCGCCUAGGGCUUGCCGAUCGCAUGGUCGGCGGUUCGAAUCCCCGCGGUGGGGUGAGCUCCCGUCUUUCGGUCCCAGCUCCUGCCCACCUAGCAGUUCGAAAGCACCCCUAAGUGCAAGUAGAUAAAUAGGUAUCACUUUAUAGCAGGAAGGUAAACGGCGUUUCCGUGUGCUGCGCUGGUGCAGGCUCGCCAGAGCAGCUUCGUCACGCUGGCCACGUGACCCGGAAGUGUCUCCGGACAGCGCUGGCCCCCGGCCUCUUAAGUGAGAUGGGCGCACAACCCUAGAGUCGGACACGACUGGCCUGUACGGGCAGGGGUACCUUUACCUUUACCUUUACCACACGGUUUGGACACAGAAAUGUGUGUGCUUGUAUGUUAAUAUUAUUAUUAAAAAUUAUUAUUCAUAAUAUAUGUAACACAUGUUUAAUUAAAAAACAACCAAUUAUAUGCGUAUAUGCUUUUAAAACAACAGCAGCAAAUUUAUAAAAUCAAUUCAAAUCCAGUACAGAUACCAACCGGGAAUCGGAGCUUGCUGAAAGAAGAAUGUGUUUAUUGGGUGCUGAAAAGAAAACACAGAAGGCACCUUUCUGAUAUAUAAAGGGAAGGAGCUAUAUUGGGGCGGGGUGUUGACACUUGUAGGUAUCCUGGUCCCAAGCUGCACAGAUAUAAACACCUUGCACUUUGCUUGGUAGCUAACUGCCAAGCAGUGCAUUCCUCCCCACAAUGGCAUGAUAUGGUGGUGGUAUUCCACCCCAGUGAGCAGUUGAGCCACCACAUUUUGUACCAGCUGCAGCCUGUGGGGCUUCUUCUUCCUUAGUGGUCCCUCGUAGCCGAGUUAGAUUGUCUUCCAUAACCACGGUUUUAACAAUGAGUCCGUAAGUGACUGUGGAGGCCAGUUCUGGAUCCAUACUUCCUUCCACAGUGGGGACAUUGGUUUCCGGGUGGGAGUUGAUCACGGUGUAGAUUUGCCAAGCGUGCCUUCCUCUUAGCACGUUUCUCCCUUGCGUCCAGAGUUCGAGUGUCUUCAAAGCCCAUGACACCUUUGGUAAAGGCUGUUCUCCAACUAACUGAACAGCUUGUGCGGCAGCCCCACAUAGAGCACAUUGCAAUAACUAGCCUGGAGGUUGCCCGUACUCAGGCUAUCGUGAUCCAGAAACGGCCACCACUGCCUUGCCAACUGAAGCUGGUAAAAGGCUCUCGGAGCCAAGGAGGUCGCCUGGGCCUCUAGCAAGAGACAUGGAUCCAAGGGCACCCCCAGACUGCACAGGGAGUACAGCUCCAUCCAAAGCAGGCAGUUGACCAAUUAUCCUGACUCAAGAACCGCCCGCCCACGAUGCCUGUGUCGUGCCAGGAUUCAGAGUCCGUUUAGUGGCACUUGUCCAUCCUACCGCUGAGUCCAGGCAGCAGUCCAGGGCUUGCACGGCCUCUCCUGAUUCAGAUGCGACUCAGAAAUAGAGCUGGGUAUUGCACCAACGACAAAUGGAUCAACUUUUAUAUGUAAACCGUCAUACUCAAGUGUUUGUCCCAUGGAUAUCUGCUUCUGUUCCUCAAGUUUUGUGCAGUCCAGUCCAGUGGUACCUCGGGUUACAGACGCUUCAGGUUACAGACUCCACUAACCCAGAAAUAGUACCUCGGGUUAAGAACUUUGCUUCAGGAUGAGAACAGAAAUUGCGCAGCGGUGGCAGCGGGAGGCCCCAUUAGCUAAAGUGGUACCUCAGCUUAAGAACAGUUUCAGGUUAAGAACGGACCUCCAGAAUAAAUUAAGUUCUUAACCCGAGGUACCACUGUAACAGCAGUCCCAGCAGUCUCCAGCUUUUGUUUCAGAUCACUUGGAAGUAUUUUGUCCACUUUGUAAAUUGCUGGCCUACUGAAAUUUGAACGGGCAGAGAACAAGCUGACCCUGUUCCUGUCACGAGGGCCACACUUUCCCAAAUGGUUUACCCUGGGAAUAUUUUCAUGGAGGGUCAUUUGGGUACUGCAAGCUUACUUGAUACAUCCCUCAUUAGAUAUUGUUAUUGGUGAUAUAUAUAUUAAGUAAAUAUAUAAGUGGUAGUGAUCUCUCACAAUUUUCUUCGUUUUUCUUCUUGAGGCGUUGAAUUUGAUAGCUGCGACAGUACAGCAUUGCUCCAUAUAUAGAUAAUGUCAAAUGUCAUAACAAAUGCUUUAACUAGCCUUUUUCAGGAACGUUGGGGAGGGUUGGAAUCGAUUAGCUUUCCCUCGUUUCGUGUGCGCAGGGGCACGUUAGUAACAGCACACAAGGAAACGUCUCUCCCCAAAACCACACUGGUAAUUGCGGGAGCCUCGUGAACUGGGAGGAAAGUUAAUGCAGCAGUUUCAGUGUGUUCACGACGUAUUAAAAGAGCCAUUGUAGUUGCUUCUGCAGAAGUGCUGGAAUGUAUUUCUUUCCAGAGCAUUGCAGUAAUUUCCUUUUGUUUCAAGUGUGUCAAUAGCCCAAAUUGAGGGGGGAGGGAACAAAAGAACAAAAUGAGCUGUUGCAGAGGAGUAGAAAAUGAAGUACUCCCUGCGAAUUUUGGAGGCAACUGGCAGUGUGAAGGGCUCGCCUGCCAAGAGGAGAAUAGUGCCAGUUCAUGAUAACUGCUGUUCCUUGUUGGUGCGUUCUCUCUCAGUCUUUCCCCUCUAUAUAUGUAGCUUGUGUUUAAUUUGGUUCUUAUUUUAGAUGGAUAGCUUUGAUUAGUUUUGGAUUCAGAAGACAACAGAAAAUUACUCCAAAAGUACUUAUUCAGUGUGUGCAAUGUCUGCUUAGAUCUUUAUCCAUAUUUAUUUGGUUUCCUUCAAGGAGCUUUUUCUUUGAAUUUGAAAAAUAGCCCUUUCCUGAAGAUUAGCUCUUUGUGGCAGUGCAAGUCAUAAAGACUGCUGGGAGGGCUGUUCAGAUUUGCCUGUACUUUCCUUCUCUCCCUCCCUCUCUCACAUUCUCCCCUUCUUUUUGCCUAAUUAUGGGGCCUGCUAGUCUUUUGCUUCUGCACUGGUCUUUUUCCUAGCCAGCAUGGCUGUUGCCAGUCCACAGAAGCUGCAGGCGUUGCAGUUUGGAGCAAACAAGGGUUUGCAGGCACUGGUGUAGAAGUAAUGCACAGUCUCACGGUCAACUGAAAAAUGAAACCAUGUGUGCAAAGAAUUUGCACCCAAAAGCUGAAGGGAGGAUGUAGGUCUACAAGCCUCUUCCUCUCCAUCACCAUGGUUUAGAGAUCAGGCAGUGUUGUUGUAGAAUCAUAAGAGCUGCAGGCUGCAUCUAUCGCAGUCCCCUUGCAAUACAGGAGAUACAUUGCUACAGCAUUCUUGAUAAGUGACCUUCCAAUCGUUGCUUUAAAGUUCCUCAGGAGAGACAGCCCACCUCCCCAAGAACACUGUUCCACUGCUGGCGGUUCAAAUCCCCGUGACGGGGUGAGCUCUUGUUGCUCAGUCCCUGCUCCUGCCAACCUAGCAGUUUGAAAGCACGUCAAAGUGCAAGUAGAUAAAUAGGUACCACUGCAGUGGGAAGGUAAACGCCGUUUCCGUGCGCUGCUCUGGUUUUGGUGUUAUGUUGCGCCAGAAGUGGCUUAGUCAUGCUGGCCACAUGACCCGGAAAAACUGUCUGUGGACAAACGCCGGCUCCCUCGGCCCGUAAAGCGAGACGAGCGCCACAACCCCAGAGUCGUCUGCAACUGGACUUAACUGUCAGGGGUCUUUUACCUUUUAAUGUUUAGUUUAAACCCCUUUCCUUGUAAGUUGAACCUGUUGGUUAGGGUCCUGUCCUCUGGAGCAGCAUAAACAACCACUCCAUCAAUGUGGCAGUGCUUCAGGUAUUUGAGUACAGUAUUGCUAUGAUAUUAAGUAUAAUAAUUUUAUUAUUUAUGUGCCGCCCAUCUGACAGGGUUAGCCCUGCCACUCAGGGCAACUCCCAACAAAAUAUUGACAACACAAUCUCACCCCUUAAUUGUGUUUUCCCCCAGACUAAACGUAACUAAAGCCUUCAGUCUUCCUUCAUAAGGCUUGGUGACCAUCUUUGUUGCUUUUCCUCUGGACACAUUCUAGUUGGUCAAUAUCCUUCCUAAACUGUGGUGCUCAGAGCUGGACACAGUAUUCCAAGUGAGCUCUGUCUGAAGAAGUACAGAGGGAUAUCAUGAUCUGGACCACUGUACUUCACUUGAUGCAGCCUACCAUAGUGUUUGCCUUUUCAGCUGCUAACGUGUUUAGCUUGUGGUUUAGUAAAUCCCCUAGGCUUUUUCACAUGUCUGGUUGUGUCAAGCCAGGUGUAAGUCACCCUCUUAUUUCUUAAUGCAGUGGAGCUACCAUUUCCCGGUUCUUCCUCCUGCUCUGAACAAAGCUUCAAAAUACCUUUUUGUUAUUUUUCACAUCUCUUCUAAGCCUAAACUCAUUCUGACCUUCAGUAGGUUUCCUGACACUCUCCCUACAAGCUUUGGCUACUGAUUGGUACUGCCUUUCCUUCCUAUUCUAUCCUUGCAAGAUUUUUGGGGAAAGAUGCUCGAGUUCUGAUCUUAACCCUGGGUUCCGGCUGAAGUGAAGCAAGAACAAAACGCUUUAAGAACAGACACACAGGCUGGGAGAAUUGAGAAGCAGAGGAAAUGCUUUGAUGGCUGGAGGUUUUGGAGACCUAAAUGGUGGGUUCGAGGCAGGUAGCAAAAAUUGUGUUGUUGAUGUUUUCGUAGACUGUGUUUCGGUUUUUUGGUCCACAAGUCAUAUAGGACAACUGUCGGUGGAUUUUACUAUAAAAGGUCUAAUGGGAGAGUCCAUCUUUUUAAGAAAACCUUUUGAAAGCUUGUUGAUGAAGGGAAACAAUAGCUUUGUGUAAUUUCGAGGGCAUAUACUGAAGGGUGAAUUUCAUGUUCAGCUUUGAGUUUAUUCUCAAGCUAAUAUACAUCUCUCAUGCAGUUGAAAUUUCAUUUUUUUUCUAUUACAAUAUUUUAAUUAAAAUUAAUAUCUCCUCUUCUUCAGUACCAUCUCUGUCAUUCGGCAUUAGUUAGAAAUGCAGCUGUUUCUCUAUACCCUAAUCUGCAUCAAGCAGUUAGGAAUAACCACAUACAUUGACCAGUUAUUUAUUGGAAGUCUAGUAGGCAUUGACAAGGCAAACAAGAAGUUACCUUUUUGGAAUUCCAAUACCGUAUUCCUUCUUUAAAUAAAUAUUUGGUGUGGGUUUUGAGUAGAGUGACUGUAGACUUUUAGCAAUGCAUUCCAUGUUCUUGAUACACCAUUUUCCUUUCCCAAACGGAGUAAUUGCUUCUGUAUAAGUAAAGCAGUACAGUGGUACCUCGGGUUACAGACGCUUCAGGUUACAAACUCCGCUAACCCAGAAAUAGUACCUUGGGUUAAGAACUUUGUUUCAGGAUGAGAACAGAAAUCGUGCUCCGGCUGUGCGGCGGCAGCAGGAGGCCCCAUUAGCUAAAGUGGUACCUCAGGUUAAGAACAGUUUCAGGUUAAGAACGGACCUCCAGAACGAAUCAAGUUCUUAACCCGAGGUACCACUGUACUUUAAAACCAGACAUACACAAUUGUGGAGAAAACACAGUGACAACUGUUGCUGUUUGCCACCUCAUCAAAAUGAUUCAAAACCACUUUCUGUAUCUCAUUUACAAAUUGCAACAAAUCGAGUCAAAUUGGGCAAUUGGAAUUGAUAUUAGUCAAAUAAAAGAAAACUCAAGCUGUACUCCCACCCCCCUCGAUAACUAGCCCUAGGAAGCACGUAUAUUUUUGACCACAGCACAUGCCUUCAUUUUUAAAAAUCUAAACAGGAGGUGAGGCGCCAUUUUUUGGUUUAAGCUGGUGGCUACAUCCCUUCGGGGAAAGUCAUCAGGAGCGUGGGCUCAUCAGGACCAUGCUUUGCAAAGGUGCUCAGCAGAGUAGUGCAACAAACCCUCACCUUAAAGCUGAAAUAUCUGGAAACCGCUACUAGUCACUUGGUCUAAAACAGGGGUCAGCAAACUUUUUCAGCAGGGGGCCAGUCCACUGUCCCUCAGACCUUGUGAGGGGCCGGACUAUAUAUAUAUAUAUAUAUAUAUAUAUAUAUAUUGGGGGGAGAACGAAUUCCUAUGCCCCACAAAUUCCUAUGCAUUUUAAAUAAAAGGACACAUUCUACUCAUGUAAAAACACGCUGGUUCCUGGACCGUCCGCGGGCUGGAUUGAGAAGAAACCUUAGUUUGCCUACCCAUGGUCUAAAACCACCUGUUUCCCUUGUGUCAGUUAUUUUCUUGAAGGUGUCUUGUAUAAUUGGAUCAAAUGGGCAAUGUGAAUUUAUUUUAUAGUGGGUAAUGUUUUAAAAGUAGGGUCUGAAAUAGCGUUUAACUCACUGCAGCAGUGAAAUCAAAUGCAGGAAUCCCUUGAGUUUUGACUAAAAAUCUUUAUUGCUAGAAGGAAGACAGUAUUCAUUUCCCCAAGUAUAAAUAUAUGGCGAGAUAUUGCAAGCCUAGUCUCUCUGGGCACAGAAUAUUCGCAGCCUCGGCAGGGAUUGGGCACGACACAGAACACUUUCUAAUCUUCUGACCUUGCUCCUGUGUCCACCUAGAUUGCUGUUGCAGUUGGCAACCUGCUGUUAUUUGUCUUUAAACACCUUGUAUAAAUAGACGGUGAAAUGAUACGUAGGUGAAUGUGUGAGCACAGUACAAACCCCCCCCAGGCAAAAUAAACUGCAUUUUCUGAGGGCAAAAUUAAGGCACAUUUCAGUGUACAACUGAAAUCUGGAUUUAGGGGGUAAGCCUCUGGGAUAGUGAGUGUCCUGCUUCUCUGUGGAGGUUUAGUGUUGCCUGUGACCAACCCAGACUCAAAUGAAACUGACCACACUUCUAAACUUGCAUUGAGCAGCUCACUGUGGUAUUUUGUUUUGUUUUUUUAGUGUGCCAGGUUUAAUUUUAACCUAGGUUGUGAAAGGUCACAUGCAACGCCCAAUGGUUGUGGGUAGUGAUGUUAAAUUCUAGAGAAUAAUCUUUUGGAGAAUAUUCUCGAUUAAUGAGAAUAUUAGAAAAUUUUCAUUUAAAAUAGGAGAAUAUCCACUGGUGAUGGCACCAAUAAUUGUCAUGUUAAGGUUUGGUAUGAGGAAACUCAAUAUAGUGGUACCUCGGUUUAAGAACAGCCCGCUUUAAGAACGAUUUGGUUUACAAACUCCGCAAAACUGAAAAUAGUGUCCCGGUUUGAGAACUUUACCUUGGUCUAAGAAUGGAAUCUGAACGGUGGAAGGGCACCAGCGGUGGGAGUUCUCAUCAAAGAAAGCACACCUUGGUUUGGGUUUAAGAACGGACUUCUGGAACGGAUUAAGUUCGUAAACCGAGGUACCACUGUAGUUAAAUCAUAUUUUAUUAUUCCAUUAGAACAUGUACAUGUUAUAGGACAAGUCAAAAAGUACAAUUGACAUGUUAAGGUUUGAUAUAAGUAACUUCAGUAAUAGGCUAUCUUAUUCUUCUAAUAGCUCUAACACUUAAUAACUGUUUUGGUGACUAAAACAGCUUGAUAAAUAAAACUAUAUACAUACUUAUAAAAGAUAAGCCAUUAACAUUAAAUAUAUUAUCAUUAUAUGAUAAUCAUUAUAUGAUAAUAUAUUUCAGUAUGUCAAUAUCUGGUAAAUGGCACCUUGUACCAUUGAAUGGCACUUCAAAAACCAGUUACUGGAACUAAAUAAAAAUAUAGAAACGUCAGCUGUUUAAAUCAAGGCCAACUCAUAUGCUGUUACACAUAACUGUAUAGGCCUAGGUACUUUAAGUACCAUAUUUUUCGCCCUAUAGGACGCACUUUUUCCCCUCCACAAAUGAAGGGGAAAUGUGUGUGUGUCCUAUGGGGCGAAUGCAGGCUUCAGGAAGCUAUCCGCAAGCCUUGGGAGCUAGCUUCCCCCGCCCCAGCCCCGGGCCUGGGGAGGGGGGGAAAUAAUUUUUUUCCCUUUAUUUCCCCCCCAAAAAACUAGGUGCUCCCUAUGGGCCAGUGCGCCCUAUGGGGCGAAAAAUACGGUAUAUAAAGCAUUACAGAUACUUUCUGUAAAAAUAUCACGCUGUAUGGCCACGGGUAUAGAAUUGCUAAGAAUAAGGUCACACCAAAAUAGAAAAAAGGACUAUUACAUAUACAGUGGUACCUUGAUUUGCAAACAGUCUGGUUUGCAUACAUUUUGGAUUACAAACACAUCAAACCCGGAAGUUCGUGUCCCGGUUUGCAAAAUGUUUUUGGAUUAUAACCCAUUUUUUUUUAUUACGAACAGAUUUUUUGGGGGGAGGCCCCAUUGGUGAAAGUGCACCUUGGGUUACAACCUGUUUUGGUUUACAAACGGACCUCUGGAACGGAUUAUGGUUGUAAACCAAGGCACCACUGUAGUUGAAAUACAUAUGAAUUCAAAUCUUCAUCAAAUUAAAUGAAUAGCAUUUUUUAAAAAUGUUUUUUUUGUAGCUCACAUUUCAGAACUGUCAAUGGUGAAUGACACAAUGCCCAGUAAUGUAACUGGAUUGUAAAAAAUCAUCAUUAUUCAUUACUUACACUGGCAGUAUCACAGCUUGACUUAUUAUUUACUAGAUUUUUUAAAUGUGGGUUGUAAAACUGGUUCUUUCAUUGGAAUUUACAGUUUGUGGAGAAUAUUCUCCGGAGAAUUUUCUAGCUGAGAAUAUACUUACCUCACAUCACUAGUUGUGGAUCAGGAAAACUUACAGAGAUGAAGGGAAUAGCGCAGGAGGGCACACGCAUUUGGGUUCCACUUCAGGCAGCAAGAUGUUUGGGGAAAGUACUGCACAUCAUGCCUAAGCCAUUUCAUUUCUGGAGGUUAACUGUGGUGCUCAGGGUGCCUCUGUCCCCUUUGAUUGCCUCAUAUCUUCCAGGAUAUGGCCCUGGCAUCCCAGACAGAUUCCAGGGACUGUUAGUUGUUAGGAAAGAUCCCUUUAGCAUGUGGUCCACAGUGUAGGCCUGAUGACAGCAGUUGAUCUGCACAGAUUUGCAGGGUGUGAACUGUAACUGAAACUCAGCCAAGGCUUGCUCUUGCUUUUCUGUUAAUUUAUGAAUAAAACAAGCAGAAAACAAGCUUGUGUCCUCUUCUAUGUGACAGCCCUUGAGAUAUUUGAAGAUGGCUUUCAUAUCUCCUCUCAUUCUCCUUUUUUCCAGGCUAAACAUUCCCAGCUCCUUCAACCGUUCCUCAUCAGGCUUGGUUUCCAGACCCUGCUUGCUGCUUUAUUUUCCAUAAGAGACCAGUUCUCUUUAUAUUCUGAGAGGCAGAGGUUGUUCAUGUCAUUUCUGAACGAGAUCUCCUGGUUUUUUCCUUUUGCUAGGACAGUGUAGAUCAGACAUCAGCACAUACUCGACGUGAUCUAGUGGAACCCGGAUUCCAAGAACAGUCAAGCCGCCUCUCAUUAAAUCAUCAAGGAGGUAAGAGGAGCAGAGUUUAGCUGGCUGUGUUUCUCCAUACGGGGGAGGGGAAAAAAUCAAAUUCAACAAUAGCACAAUAUUUUCAUUGGGAGAAAGUACAAAUCUGCAAAGUAGCAAACGCUUCUCCAGGUUGGCUACUAAGCAGGGAGAAGAGAGUGGGAAUCUUCAUGCAGUUGGCGACUGAUACAAAGCAUGAACUCAUGUUCAAAGACGAUUCCUUCAGCCCUACUCUGUGCAGUGUGGCGAAGGUUGGGAAGUGAGGCGUGUGUUUGGGGUCAGCGGGCGUGUUAUGAUAUGUGGGCUUGCACAUACAUACAUUAUCUGUCCCCAUCCACCCUUCAAAAACUCACAUGUUGGGGAAAUACUCCUGUCUCCUAACCAUGGCUAAUGGGAGAAGCCCAUUUUGCAUGUAGCACCACGAUAAACCCUGGCUAAGUGAAAAUGCCUGUGGGUAUUCACAGGGGAAACUGUGGCUGCUCUGCUCCUUCCCUGGUCAUGCAGCUGCAAUGCUACUGGGAACUAAGCUCUGGUUUGGCUUAGCAUUACAUGCAAACUCAGGCUAAUGGUUUGUAAGCCAAGAAUGAAUUUUGACUACAGCCUGUGCUUUAUCGGAACAAUUCUCCACAAGCUGAUGGUUGAAAUUCAUGUUCUCCUGGAUCUUUUGUGUUGUGGUACAAAAACAGGAUGGGAUGCGGGUGUAAACCACGGUGGUGUAAACCACUGAGACUUGGGCUUGCCAAUCGGAAGGUUGGCGGUUCAAAUCCCCGCGACGGGGUGAGCUUCCGUUGCUCGAUCCCAGCUCCUGCCAACGUAGCAGUUUGAAAGCACACCAGUGCAAGUAGAUAAAUGGGUACCGCUCUGGCAGGAAGGUAAACGGUGUUUCCGUGCGCUGCUCUGGUUCGCCAGAAGCCGCUUAGUCAUGCUGGCCACAUGACCCAGGAAAACUGUCUGCGGACAAACGUUGGCUCCCUCGGCCAGUAAAGUGAGAUGAGCACCACAACCCCAGAGUCGUUCGUGACUGGACUUAACUGUCAGGGGUCCUUUACCUUUACCUUUUUUUAAAAAAAAACAAAAAUAGGAGUGUUUAUCAAUAGUUGUCUCACUCACAGUAGCUGUCUUUUAGGGGAGAAAACCUGCUGAUCUGUGAGAAAUUCAGAAUGUUUGAGACUAGUUCGUUGUGAUUUUAGGAUAAUCUGUUACAAGUGGUUUUGGGAAGUGGAGCUUAAUUUUGAGACAGUUCAUGUGAGGUUUCAUAUCCAUGAGGAGAGAGAUGAUGUGUUCCUUAUUAGCUUCCGGCACUCAGUCCUGGUUAACAUGUCUGCAUCACACAGAAGCUCACUCAGUACCUGAAGGAAGCAUUUAUUUCCAAAGUAGCAGCAGGCUGUCGUGCCUUAAGGUCUCCUAAACUACUCUUUGCCCCACGUUUCCAGCAAGGAGAGUUCAAUUUCCUGAACAAAGGCAAAAAACCAACAAAAACAAAAAACCUGGAAGGGGGAAUUCCUUGCUCCUCCUAUCAGAGAACAGCGCCUCGUCUUCCUGCUGUGAGCAGUGGCAGCUCCAGACUUGCCUGACAGCAGGGUGUGGCAAUGGCUGGAUCACGUGGCCCGGUUGCCUGUAGGUGCUCUGGGAAUUGGCAGCCAUUGCAGAUGGCUCCUGAGGCUUCCCUUUCUGGUUUGGACGCAAGAACUGAGACAAGAGGAUUUUCUGAACAGCACAACAAUUGCAGCGCGGCUCAGGUGCCUCAAUGGUGCCACGUGUUAGCAUUUUUAAAGGUAUUUUACAUGCCACCUUGCACUGUUACUGCAAAUGCUGUUAAUGGAAAGACUAAAGUCAAAGGCAACUCUCUCCCAAAUGCUUGGGAGUUUUAUUUAUUAGGAUCUCAGCUAGAAUGUAUACUGCAGAUCCAGAAAGGCAGGGCCGGCCUGCCCAUGGGGCAAGGUGAGGUGACCACCUCAGGAAGCAGGAUCCACAGCUACCCUCACCCCUUCUUCCCUGGAAGGGAGGGGAAGGAUGGCAUUUUGGGGUCCACCUCAGGUGCCCAAAUGUCUUGGACCAGCCCUGCAUAAAGGGCAAAGAUGAGCAGAAUCAAAGAAGCUCUUGGAAUCAAGAAGGCUCCGUUUAGAAAAUGAGAACAAGGGAUGCUAAAAAAAGAAUUUUGAGGAGCAAAUAAAGGAGGAUAAGGAGAUUACAGAGAAGCUGAAGGAAUUGUUUGCAUCUCCCUUCACAGAGGAAGAUACAGUGGUACCUCAGGUUACAUACACUUCAGGUUACAGACACCGCUAACCCAGAAAUAUUACCUCGGGUUAAGAACUUUGCUUCAGGAUGAGAACAGAAAUCGUGCUCCGGCGGCGCAGCAGCAGGAGGCCCCAUUAGCUAAAGUGGUGCUUCAGGUUAAGAACAGUUUCAGGUUAAGAACGGACCUCUGGAAUGAAUUAAGUACUUAACCCAAGGUACCACUGUAUAGGGUAUUACUAUGUGCUUGAACUUUCACAGGAAGAGACUCUGGGAAACUGAGGCAAAUAGUAGGGACAAUAGAUAAAGUUCUGGGCCAUGUUGACAAAAUAAAAACUGGCAUGUCACCAGAUCCAGAUGGCAUCCACCCAAGAAUUCUUAAAGGACUCAAGUGUGAAAUUGCUGAUCUUCUAACAAAAAUAUCUUAAGACCAGCCUCUCUAAUUCAGGAUUGCCAAGUGCCCAAUGUAACUCCAAUUUUUGUUUUUUGUUUUUUUAAAAAGAUCUGGGGAGAGUCCUGAAACUUAAAGGCUUGAUAGCUUAGUGUCUGUUCUGGGUAAACUAGUGGAAGGCAUUGUUAGUAGAAUUCCUAAGCGUAUAGAACAGGGAUGAGAAACUCCCAUCUCCUAGCAGGGCGACUGAAGAGCCAUUGGCUCCCUGUCCCUCAUGCCAAAGGGCAGAACCGGCUCAGUAACCUAUUAGAGUUCUUUGAGAGGGCCAACAAGCCUGUUAGAGGUGAUCCAGUUGACACUGUGCCUUUAGACAUUUAAAAAGUUGUCGACAAUGCACCUCACCACCAAAGAGCCCUGAAUAAGCUUGGGAAUCCUGGAAUAAGAGGAGAGGGCCCUCUUGUGGAUCAGUAACUGGCCGAGAAACAGGAAGCAGAGAGCGGGAAUCAAUGGAUAAUUCUUCUAGUGGAGGGAUGUACAAAGUGGAGUUCCCCAAAGACUGGUAUUAGUGCUAUUAAACAAAAUCAUGGGUAAAGUAGUGCAAAAAACUCCAACUAAUUUCAUAUGUGGCAUUUGUAUCUAAUAGGAACCCCCCCAAGUUUCUUUUCCUACAUAUUUUGCUUCUUAAAUGCUAUGGGGGCACCUCGCAUGGCCAUGUCCCGCACCCCAAAGAAGCAUUGGUGUGAAUGCAGUUCAAUGCCGCAUCACAUUUCCCCAAAUGUAUGGCUGUGUCAUGAAUUAGAAGACCGGGCUGUUCUUACUCUGCCCAGCCAGACGCUGAGUCUCGGAUUCGCUUAAGCCUGGUUUUUAACUCUGGGAAGCCUUAGUCCUUUGUAUGCCUUUUCAAUUUCCAGUUCUAAACACAGGCUUGGUGAACAAACUUGAAAGAGUGUUUCAAGUACUAGCAUAUUAUGAAAUGUUUCAGUAAUUUUUACUGGCAUUCUAAUUUAGUUGCUCUUACUUUCCUCAGUCAUAUCAGCUAGUUUGGCUUAAAAGGUGCAAACAAUCACUUAUUUAUUUAUUUAUGAAGUCCUGGAUUACAAAUACUUGGUUCCUGAGAAUAAGUGUAAGUAUUGUGUCUGCACUUUUCAAAGGAAGCACUGCCACCUGCUGGUUACCUGCUUCAAAUCCACCAGCAACCUUUUACUUUGUGCUGCUCUCCAUCUCUGACAACUCUGCUUAAUCCUGGUUGUAAAGAUUCUAAGCGGAGCGCUACGAAAAACACACACGACCCCAUAUUUAUUUUUAAAAAGUAUUUAUAUACCGCUAAAGCGCGAAACAUAUCAAAGCAGUUUAUAACAGUAGAAAGAUAAAAGCCCCCCAAAAUUAAAAGCAUUAAAAACAAAUUAAAAGCAAAAAUGUUAAAAGCAAGCAUCAGUAAACCAUUGUGGGAGGUUUACUCUUAACUGCCUGUGUAGACCAAGCGGAAUAAAAGCUUUCAGCAGGCAUUUAGAAGUUGGCACAGAAGAUGCCCGCUGAAUCUAUUGGGAGAGAGCUCCACAGGACUGGGCCAAUGACUAUUUUAGACUAAUGGCUAAAUUUCUUGUUGUCGCCAAACGAUCCUCACCAACUUGGGGAACGACCAGAGACACUCCUGCAGAUGAUCUCAGUGAACAAGCUGGAAUAUAAAGGUUCAUGUGAUCCCUGAGGUUUCCUGGGCCCAAGUUGUCCAGGGCUUUGUAAAUAAAUGGGAGAAAAGGUCCAGAGGUCCGUCCUCUUGAGUCAGGAGUAACCAACCUUCAGACCACACGGAACAGUUUUCCCAGGGGGCUCCCCAAGGUUGCAGUGGAAUGUCUCUUUGCUUUCUACGCUGUGAUCUGGUAGGCUCCUAAGCGACACUCCAGCCCUCUUGCAGUCUAUUGACCUUAGAAAUCGCCUUAUUGCUUCGACCCAUAUUAAAAAUUAACCCAAGUUCAAUGACAGCACAAGCUGUGGUCAACGUAAAACAGAAGCGAAAGGAGUGCUGUUGAAGGGGUGGGGUGCGUAGAAAGAGGAGUGCUUUCUCAAAAUGCUAAAUCCUGGUUUAGCAUUGCAACUGAAUCAGUCCAGUAUGUGUUCCACCUACCUGGGCAAACGUGUCCCUUACAUUCUUCUUCCAAUAUGCACCAGUAGUGCCAGCUGUGCCCCUGUUUUGUUGCUUCUGACUGUCAGUGUGUUUGUCUUCUUGUUUCUUUUCAGAUGAUGAUGUGGACUUGGAAGCGUUAGUUAAUGAUAUGAACUCCUCGUUUGAAAGUUUGUACACCCCCUACAACGUGCAUUCGGAAAGCACCCCACUCAUUCACAAUGGCCAGCUGCCAGCCUCAGGAACAAAUUCACUGCAGCCUGUAUCUCCAAAGCAGAAAGUGCAGAGGUCUCAGCCAGUACGCAUCAUGGCAGUCAGGUAUGGAAGCAAUAGAGCAAUGCCUUCCUCUUAAGAGUUCUGGAGCAAACCAACAUGGUGAGCCAGUGUAGCUCAAUAGAAAAAAACAUAGUCCUGGAUUCUGAUAAUAGAUCUAAGCGAACGACAUUUCCCCUCUGCUUCAGUUGCUAUCUGUGUUCAAUGGGACGAGUACUGUCUUAUUUUAGUGGUUUUGUACAGGAAUAAUCGAACCAGUCCUUGGCCUUAGAAGCCGUAGUAUAUAAAUUAAAUAAUACUUUGCACAGCAUUUCCUGAGUUUCAGAUAGAUGUCCGUGUGCUUCCCUGCCCUCCCACCUGAAACAUGAUUUCCCCUCCCUACCCCCUGCCAUGGCAUCUUUAACCAAAACUUAGGGUUACAUCUGCACCAACUUUAACUGAGGCUAAUACUGACCAGGUACCGACCUGAAAGCCUUCUUUUGUUCUGCAGACGCCUUCAAGAGGAGGAACAGUUCAGAACAUCCUCUUUGCCUGCCAUACCGAACCCUUUUCCUGAGCUUUGCAGCCCCACAAGCUCCCCUGUCUUGGCCCCUGGAUCUCUACCUCAGAAUCAGCCUGCAAAUAAACAGGUGAGAUUUGUCUUUUCUCUUGCAUUUUUAGAAUGGUUGACUGUUUUUAUCAUACUGAGUUCUUGAUUUUGGUGUUUUGGAACUGGCACCUUAAUCACAAGAAGAAGAGGAGAAAUGUAAUGUUUUACUAAAAAUACAACUUAUUUCCCACGAGUAGUGUAAAGACUUGUAAGUAACACGGUCUGCAGACUUCAGAGCUUUUUUUUUAAAAAAAGUCUUGUCCGUACAAAGCACAUCAAAAUCCUUCUGCAUACAGAAGGCUGUUCUAGUGAAUGAAGAAAUCCAAAUUUGGUAUGUUCUUUGACUUUUAGUACUGUAGGCAAUGACUCAUUUAUUUUGGAAUACCAAAAAGUUGCUUGGAGUUAUCAGUGACUGGAUUUAUAUGGCAUAUCCAGAGCUCUUACCUGCCAUCUUGCUGACUUAAUGUUGUUUCUACAGUAGCUGCAUUACUUUUUAAAAAGUAUUUAAUACAGCCAUGCAAUUAAAUUAGAAGGGAUUUUCUUUUGUCUUUCCUUGUCAUAGAAAUUAAAGAAGAAAAGGGGAGCAUCAGGAGGAAGGGAGCUGUGAGGCAUUCUAGCCAGUGAGAAAUAUCUUCAGCAUAAAAACCUCCAAUAUAAUUGUGAACUAAUUGGGUUUUUAUUGAACAGUGUCGGAUAAAUAACGUCUUUCACGGGUUUUUUUUCAUACAAACUGGUAAAUUUCAUAACAAAUCAGCCCUAGCUCAUGGGUUAUGAUGCUAACUUUUAAAACUACCCAAUGUUUGUUUUAAACCAGAACCCUUGUUUGAAUGUAAAUCUUCCUUGGAUGGGAUUCUUUAAAAAUGAAACUACCGUAUUUUUUGUCCUAUAGCACACACUUUUCCCCCUCCAAAAAUGGAGGGGAAAUGUGUGUGCUGAAGCCUGGAGAGCCCCACCACCAGCCCCACAAGCUCGGGGGACAGCGGGGAGGCGCAGCGCGCCAUCCCGCUGUCUCCCGCUGUGGUUUGGAGGCUGACGGCGGGAAGACGUGUGCUUCUCCCCGCCGCCAGCCCCGCAAGCUCGGAGGACAGCGCGGAGGCGCAGCGCGCCCAGGCUUAGCUUCGCGCAGCUCUCCGCAAGCCGUGGGUGCCCGGCGCUGGGCUCCCAUGCUUGCGGAGAGCUGCAUGUUCUGGGGGCUGGGGUCGGGGGAAGCUCGGGCUUCCCCAGCCCCGCGCCUGGGGGGAAAAAUAUUUCCCCCCCCCCAAAAAAAUUAGGUGCGUCCUAUAGGGCGAAAAAUACGGUAAAUUCUUACAAACUUCUCCCGGCCACACAAUAGGAAGAGGGGGGUGGGAGCACAUGACCCUGACCCCUCCCUCAGGCUUAUUUGGGCCUGUGUCCACGUAGCAUGAAAUCGUGGCUCCGUUUUGUGUCCAAAUGCCACUCUUACUACCAAGGCCAUUGCUGGUGAUCCCAUCAGAUUGCUUUUUGAAGACCCCUUUGCUUGUUACCGAUUUCCUACACGGAAGUCGCUUUCAUGUGGGAAACAGCAUGGUUUUUACAUGAAGUUGGUAAUGUGCUUUGCAGCUAGGAGUAAAUAUAUAUACCCAGGAACCUGCAGUUGGCUCUGGCUUCCGAGCAAACAUGCACACAGCAUAUGAGUAGGGUCACUGUGCCCUGUGAUGAAUGCAUUGAAAAUGUACUGUUCCCUGGAGAGAAAAAUAAUAAUGGCGGAAAGCAGCUCUAAUUUAUCUUUUCUAAUGGUACAAUAUUGAAGAUAUGAGUACAGUGGUACCUCUGGACACGCACACCUCCAGUUGCGUAUCCUUCAGGAUGCGAACGCGGCAAACAUGGAAGUAUUUUUCUGGGUUUCAUCCCACGCACAUGCGCAGAAGUGCUCUACCAUGCCGUGUGAAUGUGUAGAAGCGCUCUACCGCCCUGCGCACAUGCGCAGAAGCAGUCCCUCCGGUUGCGGAAACCUCAGGAUCCAACCGGAGCUCCGGGACGGAUCCUGUCCGCAGCCGGAGGUACCAUUGUACAAAGUUAUUUAGCUGCCUUAGUUCUUCUCUACGAGUUCACAACCAUUUUAAAAAUUUUCGAUUUGAAAGCCAUAUAAUAUGAAUUUGAUUUCACCCAAACAUUCCUUUAUUUGGCUUAUGGAUCUUUUUUUUCUUCUGGUUUCCAAUCCAGUGAGCAAAUCAACCCACUUUUCCAGCUCUCCUCCAUCCCAGUUAGCAAAUCACCCUAUAUAGUCCCAUUUUUGUUAAAAUGGAUGAAAUCGUACAGGAGAUGGGACUGAUGGGCACAGUUUGGUUUCUCCCAAAGUUAGAAAAACACUGUUGGGACUCUUCCUCCAGUUUUCUAACCUUUGUGUCAAUGACGACGACAACAACAACCACCCCCACGGCCCCCAAUACAACCCCUGCUGCCGGGGGAAGAGGCGCCAGCCGCAAGAGGCCUCACCCUACCCCCAGCUGGCAGCCCAUUGUCUUGCCGAGAUGGGGGUGGGGUGAUGGCCACCCUGUAGCCAGGUGAGUGGCACCUGGCCAGGUAACCCCGCACGGUGUCGCAAGCCCUGCCCAGGGAGGGGGUGAGUGGACAUUGCCACAGAAUGUGUUUGGGGGGAAUUCCACAGAGCAUUUCUCUAGUUCUUUUUUCCCCUUGCCUGGUUGACGAUACCAUUCAUCAAUUCAAACCAGACAGUUUGCCCGACAAUAGCUCUCAAAUCAGGAAACGACAACCCUCCUUCAUUUUAGUUGGUUUAAAUUAUUUUGGCUUUUAUUACUGGAUUUUUAAUAUUCCAUAUAAAGUUAUUAUUAAUCACUGCCAAAUCACCAGCUUAGGCUCUGUAAAGUUUAUUUUCAGAAGAAUACACAUUUUAACCACAGAUAUUCUACUUGCAAAAUAUAACUUGGAAAUAAUAACUUUUUAUUUUCCAUUCUAAAGCUCUAAUUGAUGUUAUUAAUUCAUUAGUAAUCUACUCGUUUGUACCUUUUAGUUUUCUUUCUGGAUUAAAAUGUUGGUCCCACAAUCAAAAUGUGUUUAAAAUACUGGCUAUAAACUUAUUGUCUGACUAAAGAAAGUAAGUUUUUCCUAAACCAUUGUGUUAACUGAAAAACUCAUUGUUUUAUGCAUUGACAGCUAAUGAAAGUAAUGUGAAAUAAUUAACUGUCUGGGUGCUCUGUCUUCACAGAGUAUGUUUCUUAAAAUAGGACUUCAGUUUAGUUGCAAGAGUAACAUUUAAUUAUUUAAACUCAACUAUCCAAAUAAAAACAGAGCGUGUUAGAGCUGUGCAAUAUGUAUAUAAGAGCAGCUCUUUAGGGUGGGUCCUGUAAAAAGUGAUCUGUAUGCACAAGAAAUCUAGCUCUUGAAGAAUGUGUAAGCUGCUGGAAAGCUUGAUCUGCAGCUUGAGGGAUCGUUUUGUGGCAGCAGACAAAGCUGUGAAUGUGAACCUCCUAAAACAAAGCUCUUCUCUGUUGUGGAAUUUGCAGGGCUGGAAAGGAAGCCAGCUGAGGGCAGCCUGAAAAACUGGUAGACAUUGUAGAAGGAGACCCGAGUAAGGUCAGGCAGGACAACAACUGGGGUGGUCAAAUAUUUGAUGCGUCGGGAAAGAGCAGGACUCACUGGUAAUUGGACUGACAUGGCUCCAUGGAGAGUUUUUCGUAGUGAUGUAAUGUUGGUGUUCUCUGUGCUGGGUGGGAGGCAGCAGGCAGCUUCCUUUGAGGUGAGUGAAAUGGAGAAAGGUCCCUCAUGUAAUGGAGGGUUUUUUUUAUAUAACAGUUUAGCACAACAAAGAGUUUGGUGAAGAACUCGAGUCAUGAAGCUUGGGUGGAGUUGAAAAGCUGCUUCCUGUACCUUCCAAGCAGGGAUGGCUAAUCCAUGCCCUUCCAGGUGGUGUUGGGUUUCCACUGCCAUUACCUUGGCUGGUGGAACUUAGGAACCCCAUAACAUCUGCAGGGCCGGGGAUUACCCAUCCGACAUACAGAAACACAUAGCCUAUAUUUGAGAUUCCUGCUUUCUGAGCUCAGGGCCUUUACUCCUGCCCUCAAAAUUUGAGGGUGGCGGCGGCGAUGAAUGGUAAAAUGGGACAGACAGCUACACAAUUUGUCCACAAAAUGUGUCAAUAACAACUGCAAAUAAUAAUAAUAAUAAUAAUAAUAAUAAUAAUAAUAAUAAUAAGCUAUUUAUACCCUGCCCAUCUGGCUGGGUUUCCCCAGCCACACUGGGCGGCUCCCAGCAGAAUAUUAAAAACAUGGUAAAACAUCAAACAUUAAAACAUUUCCUAAACAGGACUGCCUUCAGAUGUCUUCUAAAAGUAAGAUAGUUGUUUAUUUCCUUGACAUCUGAUGGGAGGGCAUUCCACAGGGCGGGCGCCACUACUGAGAAGGCCCCCUGUCUGGUUCCCUGUAACCUCACUUCUCGCAGGGAGGGAACUGCCAGAAGGGCCUCGGUGCUGGACCUCAGUGUCCGGGCUGAACGAUGGGGGUGGAGACGCUCCUUCAGGUAUACUGGGCCGAAGAUAAAUCUUGUUUCCACAGUAGGCAGCUAUGAUACCAUAACCUAAGUUUGAUUUUCUCUUAUGAAUGAAUGAAUGAAUUUAUUAUUUCGGUCACAGACCAGUUCCAGCUCACAUAUAAUAUCAAGAAAGUCAUAAAACACGAUAGGGAUACAUUUGCGCUUGUCUCUUAUGGGUAUAAACUAAAAUCUAACCCGUAAUGUAAGCUGUAAUUUCUAGUUGUGUACAAAUACUUUGGAUGCAAAAUUUGCAGCAGUGCCUGCUGUGCCAAAGGAUAUUAGUUGAAAGCAUCUUGUGUGAGUCAACGAAGGUUCCAGCUGUAAAAAUAGAAAAGGUCUUGCAAUUGCUCUUUAUACACCUCUGGAAAAUGUGCAGAUAGUUGUUUCACGUACCAAACGCUCCUCAAAGCUGUUUGUGCUAAUGUUUGUGCCCUUGUUCCUUGGAUCAGCUCUUGUAAAGCAAUUCUCCGUUCCAGUCUGCUAAAUACAAAGUAGAUCAGGGCUUCCUUUGUUUCAUAUUUGUUUGUUUGUUUGUUUGUUUGUUUGUUUGACUUAUUAGUCGCUUGUCACCCAAGUGACUUACAGCUGUACACAGACUACCAUAAGCGAAGAAAAAAGGGGAGAGCAAAACCAACACAACCCACCCUCCAUAUAAAUAAUAACAAAUAAUAUUAUACUCAGAUAAUAAAUAAUGCUUCCACCCACUAAUUAGCAAACAAAAAAAAAUAACCUCCCCCCUUUUAACCUCCCCAACCCACCCAAAAGUCUGGUAUCAGGCCAGCUGUUGCAAAUCUGCAGAGGGCUGGUGGAUCCCAUGUCCUCCUCCAGGGAUGGUCUGGAUUCCCUCCUCCUUUGGGGGUGGGGAGGGGGGCAGUAGCAAGGAAAGGAGAAAGAUGGCAGCAAACGUUUUACCUGCUUUGCCGUUGACCAAGCUACUGUACAUCUCCUGCUGCCAGUGGUGUUACUGGCAGCUGUAACUGUUCUGAAAUACAGUCAAACCUUGGUUUUCGAACGUCUCGGCUGCUCAAUGUCUCGGAAGCCGAACACAGAAAACCCGGAAGUGAAUGCUUCUGUUUUUUGAACGCACCUUGGAAGUCGAAUGGCUUCUGAGGCGCGUUUUUCCAUUUUUCUCAAUGGAACUGGCUGACAGCCCUUUGAUCCUUGGUUUUCGAACGUUUUGGAAGUCAAACGGACUUCUGGAAUGGAUUACGUUCGAAAACUGAGGUUCCACUGUACUUCAAGUAGAAGAUGAAGCUUGCAUGCCUGUUAUGUUCACGUGAACACAAAUUGCAUGUUGAGCCAGUAUGCUGAUGUGGGCAGAGUGUUGAGGUCUGGGUUCAACUUGGCAUGAAACUCAUUGGUUGCUAUUGGCUGUUACUGUCAUUUUUAAGUCCCAGCUCCUGCCAACCUAGCAGUUCGAAAGCACGUCAAAGUGCAAGUAGAUAAAUAGGUACCGCUCUGGCGGGAAGGUAAACGGCGUUUCCGUGCGCUGCUCUGGUUCACCAUAAGCGGUUUAGUCCUGCUGGCCACAUGACCCGGAAGCUGUACCCCGGCUCCCUCGGCCAAUAAAGCGAGAUGAGCGCCGCAACCCCAGAGUCGGCCACGACUGGACCUAACGGUCAGGGUUCCCUUUACCUUUUACAGUUCAUGUGAGCUAACUGCAGCAGUUGAAGGACAAGCAACCACCGGAAAUUGGGGACCUAAAAAGUGAGUUGUUACUGAGAUCUCUUCUUCUGGACCUGUUGCCUCUUGGCGCUUCGCUGCCCCUUAACUUGAUCACCUUGCUCCCCAGAAGGUGUAUUGGUUAUGAGCAGCUGUUGGCAUAAUCUUCUGGGUACAGGGCUUUUUCUGAUCCUCCUGGUUGCCCUUUUCUGAACGGUUUCCUUCUCCCAAAUGUCCUUUUUGAGGUGAGGUGACCAGAACGGUACUGCAAGUGCUGUCUUGGCAUAGAUUUGCAUAAUGGCCUUGCGAUUCCAGCACCAAGCCUGGACAUGAUAUCGGGCUUGCCAUUUUUAAUAAUCCGUUAACGUGGGCACCUAAGCAUGGAUGAAUUUAUUAAGUAGGUGAGUAUUCACAACUUUAUAAAUUAAAACUGGUGACAUGAAACCAUUGUACUAAAUGUCAUUUUAAGUCUCUCUUCAAAAUAAUAAAAUAGCAAAUUCCUACCCUGCCAACGGAGCAGUGUUAUCGGGUCCUUUUUGUGUGCUGGAGUACUGAAUGUUCAGCCAAUCUGGUGCUCUGAUUGGCUGAACAUUCUCACCCUUAAUGUUGAAUAGAGGGUGCCUCGUGCGGCUGAUGUAACUUGGAAAACUUUUUGAGUCAUUGUUAAAAGCAAUUGGCUCCUGCAUCUGUGUCUCGUGUAUUGAGAGGUCCUUUAAAUAUGAUUUCUGGAAUAAAUUUGUGAUUAAUUCUUAAACUCGCUCCCCUUUCCCUUCCACUUGAAGCGUGUUCUUGAGAAAACUUCCUGCAAUCAAUGUUUAUUCAAGAUAAAUUUGUUUUUUCUGAGGUUUUCUUAGCAGAGGCUUUUGGCUCCCGUCAUCCACUGUGCCGUUAAGUCACAGUUUCAACUCUGGCAGAAUUAAACUGAAAUAUAUGUUGUUGUAGCUGCUGCUGCUGCUGUAGCCUCUAGCAAAACUAAACUGAAAUUGUUGUUGUUGUUAUAGGAUUCCUUACUAGCCUGGAAAAACUUCUGUCUUGUAAUUCUGCUGUUAACAGCAGUUUGUUCUGCGGGAAAUGGCAGGUGAAGCUUUGCUGCAACACAACAAAAUAAGAGUAUCCCUUGCUGAUAUCUUCAGAUGUAGCCACACUUAGACUUGACCUAUAACAGCUACAACUGCACACUCAAACAGCUACAGAAGUUGGUUGAAAAGUUGACAACCCUAUUUUUUAAAGUUAGGUAUUGCACAUUGCCAAUGCAGUCGCAGGCAGUGCUUUUGUGUUGAAAAAAUCUGUUGUUUAGAAACAAGUCAAAUUGAGAAAAAAGGCUUAAGUUGCCUUGGAGCUUCUCACAGGUACCAUAUUUUUCGCUCUAUGGGACGCACCGGACCAUAGGAGGGGGAGAACGGGGGGGGGGAUUCUCCCCCUCUCUGCUCAGCGCCCCUUCAGCGAAGCGGCAGGAGAAACGGAGCCGCUUCCAUUUCUCCUCCCGCUUCGCUGAAGGGGCGCUGUGCAGAGAGGGAAAACUGUGCACCGACCCCUCUCGCUCUCCAGGCUUCAGGCGGCUAUCCACAAGCCUUCAGAGCGCGGCGGGAACUCCUGCAAAAAUUGGCCCGGCGGGGGUGACGUGGCUGGGAUUCAAUCUCCCGCCCCUGAACCGGGUCAGCAAGAGGGUCCAGAUGCCCUGGAAGGUGAGCGGACUUGUAUGCCAAGGCCCCGUGCCCUGUAGUUCCUCAUUGAUUAAUAAACACACCAUGAUAAUUGAUUAAUAAAUUAAUUGAUUAAUAAACACACCACUGUACUGAGUAAAGUGGUACCUCUGGUUGCAAACGGGAUCCGUUCUGGAGCCCCGUUCGCAACAUGAGCAGAAUGCAACCCGCAUCUGUGCGCGGGUCGCAAUUCGCGGCUUCUGCGCAUGCACGUGAUAUCAUUUUGAGCGUCUGCGCAUGCGCGAGCAGUGAAACCCAGAAGUAACCCUUUCCGGUACUUCCGGGUUGCUGCAGGACGCAACCUGAAAAGAUUUAACCUGAAGCAAACGUAACAAGAGGUAUGACUGUAUUUUGGAUUAUGGGCUAAAACAGGCCACAAUUUUAUUGGUUACCGAUGUGAGGGUUUGGCUUAGGCACUGGGUGAAACCAGGCUAUAUCUUGACUCCCGCCCAUCUGCAGGGAGUCAAAAUAAGGGUAAGCCACCAGAAGGGGGAGCCCUAUGACUUACAUUAAAUAGGGGCACCCCAAGGGGUCCCAGUUGGGGUCGUGGUGUGGCCCUAGCCCAUGCUCAGGCUUCAGACAGAAUCCACACCCCCAGAUCCCUUUAACAGGAUACCCUUAUCGAGGAGGGGCAGGUGAAGGUUACAACCUCCCCUCCAUUAAACAGAGGGGCCGGCCGGCUCAACCAUAGCACAGACCUGGCCCUGUUCAGGUGACGUUCCCACUUGCUUUAUUUGCUGCCUGUUUUACAAAAGCUCCUUGAGAGAGACUUUGCAUGUACCUUCGCUAUCCAUGAAAAUCUUUCAGUAAAAACAAUAAUAGCAAAAGCUCCUCGAGCCCUCAGAGGCCGGCGCUGGGCUUAAAGGGUGCAAUGGGGGGAAGGGGGGAGGAGACUGCAAGCGGGAGAGAAGGGGUCGCUGCUGCAGCAGCCGGCUUUGGGGAAGUUCAAGUGCUUUCUUCCUGCUAGCUGAGCUGUUGCAAAUGAUUCGGCAAAGGAACUGCCAGUCCACGGAGCAGGCUUGGUUUGGGCUUUAGAACGGCUCUUUUCUCCUUGUGAACUUUUGUAGUAACGGAAAGUGGCUUCUGGGUUCCUGCGUGAUGUGCUGGCACCUCUUUGUUUAAUGCAUGUGGGUGGGCAUAAAAGCAAUAUCUUUUUCUUUUUUAAUUUUUUCUGGGGAGCAUAAUUUGGAAGUCUAUGGGUUGCGAGGGCCAGGAUCACAUCAGUCACAGGAAGGGCUGGGAUUGGUCUCUCCAGUGUGGUUUGAUUCCGUACCUUAAAAGAUGGUGCGUCACCCUUUGAAUGACGCUCUGGGCGAGUUGCCUGCCUUCCUCCAGGAAAGGGUGCACAUUUUGACGGAGGAACUCUGUGACCGACUCGGGUACAGUGAUCUGCUGAAAUUGCAAAGCAACCUGUUGGAGUGCCAACAGGUUGCAGGAGAGGUAAAGAGCAAACUCUUUCCGAAAGAGAUUACCUAUAUUUUAAAUAUGCCAUCCUGUUCUUCUGACUACUGCCUUUUUCAUGCUGUUGAGGUAAGAUUAUUUCUCUCUCCCACCAUCUCAUUACCUCAUUCCAUCCCCCCUCCCCAAAAAGAAAUUACUUUGUUUUCCUGGGAACUAUAAUGUGCCUCUUAAAUUAACACAGGGUUAAAUCUUGAUGCUCUGCGUUUGGGAAACAUUUUUUUGCAGAGUUAAUGCUAUUGAAGUAACAUAAGGCUGUAAUAAGGAAUCGUCCAUCUAACUGUGAGGGUCAUAGAGAGCUUGCUAACUAUAUUAUUUCCUUAUUAAUACUUAGAGCCUAUACAGUGUGUCUAUAUUUAGUUGCAAAAGAAUAUUGGAAUCCAGGGAAGGAGGUAGAGGGAAGUGUGUGUGAAUAAUGCUCAUAAUGCAUCUUUUGAUUUUAAACGCCCACAAGAUAACCAUAUUUUCAAAGGACAGAUUUUCCGUUGAGUUUUACUGCACACUAAAAGAAGGACCUAUCCUGGACGCUGUGAGAUUAGCACCUCUCACCCCUCCGAAAAACCAAAACAAAACAAACUUCUUUCUGAAGCCCUGGUGUAGGAUAUAUAUUAAUUUUUCAAUUAGUACUACUAUGGUGUAUUUUUGCUGGCAUAGUGCGUUAUCUGUGUCCCCUCUGUCCAACCUUCCUGGAGAAGACCAACAAUAUUGCAAAAUAAAUUAUGUUUCCGGAGCCUGGGAAUUCAAGAAGCAUCAAGUACAGAUUAUGAUUUUGUGGGAGCACAGAAGCGCAGAAUAUGUAUUUUUGUUUAUUCUCUAUCUAGUCAAUAUAGGUAGAGAUGCACUUAAACGAACACACUGUUUGUCUGAGUGUCUGCAUGUGCACACGAAUAAGGUUCCAGUGUCCUUCAAAACUCCUUGCCUCUUCCCAGAGUAAAUCUUGCAGAUUAUGCUUAGUUGGCAGAAUUUGGGUUGUACCUUGGUACAGAACUUUACUACUUUAGUGCAGAAUAUAAACAGUACUGAUCACGUAGAAGAGAUCAGUUUCUUUUUAAAAAUGUUUUGAUUGCUAUUUUAAAGGCAUAUAUGUUUUUUGUAUUGCAGGAUAUAAAAGUCUUUACAGAAGACGGAACAUGCAAAGUGGUCGAGAUCCUAGCAGAUAUGACAGCCCGGGACCUCUGCCAGUUGCUCGUUUACAAAAGUCAUUGUGUGGAUGAUAACAGCUGGACCCUAGUGGAACAUCACCCUGUCCUAGGAUUAGGUAGGGAAGGAAGUUAUCUUAUAUCCAGCACAUAGCAAUAAAUCGGCCCACUUUUUCCAGGUGAUCUGCUUUAAAUAUUACGAAUGGAUUUCUGUCUGUUAUAGGUGAACACUUGGUGCAACAAUUAAGAUGCAAUAUAUCUGAGCUUGGGUUUAUGUUGAUUUUAAUUUAUCUGUAAUAGAGGGUAACAAAUACCUGGCGGAUAUUGACAUUCACGUGUAAAUUUUGAGGAUCCCAGAUAAUUUUUAUGAAUGCCCCCUAAAUAUAGAGUGUGAACAGAGUGACAUUAGGUGACAAUAUUCACUGACUGUGUAUGUAACUCUUGUGGAGGGAGACAUGCACAAAACGUAUCUGGGCAUUCUUUGUAAUACUGUACACUGAUGGUUUUGUGUGUGACUUUGGCAAAUGAACAGUUUAUGCAAAUAAAGCUGGACUCCCAGAAGAGAAUUUGAUGUCCUAGACCAUAGGUAGGCAAACUAAGGCCCACGGGCCGGAUCAGGCCCAAUUGCCUUCUGGAUCCGGCCCGUGGACAGUCUGGGAAUCGCUGCAUGGAUUGCCAGCGCGCACAUUCUUUCCCUCUCCCUCACACGGUGGCGGCGGUGGCGCCUUCUCCUCCCUCCCUCCUCCUGGCUUCUCUCUGCCCUGCCUAGAGGAGGAAGGGGGCUACACUUUGUUGGUGCCAGCAGCGCUCGACCGGCCACCAUUUUAAGCAGCCCCUCUCCAGAGCCCUUUCGCGCGCAGCUCAUCGUCCCGCCGCCAGCCCCUGCCGCUCGCAAGAGACAGGUAAGCAGCCACCGGGGCUCGUGGUGCUCUUGCAUCAUCCCCCCCCCCAAAUAUAGUCUGGACUGCCCCCUGCUGAAAAGGUUUGCUUACCUGUUGGAAUGAAUCCACGACAGACAAGUGGCAGGUGUCAUAUGAGAGGCGUCUGCCGGGGCAAGCCCCGGGAACUCUCUUUUAUUGAAUAUUACAAACAUUGCCACAGGUGUGCUUGUGGCUGAUUGGUUGAUACAAACACAAAGCAACUUGUUGCUGAUUGGUUAACAUAAGUACAAGGCGGGAAUUACAUAUAAACAUUAAUCACCGAUAGAUUAAAGGCUGGGAAACGGAGCUGGAACUAGACAGGCAUGAAGCCUCCUAAUUAAAUUAUAACUAAAGAUUAAUAUAACAUGACUAAAACAAUUACUAAUGAUUGAUCAUAACAUGAAAGAAUAUAAUAAUCGAGUUCCGUAGAUGUGGUCAGCUAUGCAUUAAGAGCAGAUCAUAUUGUUUGUUCAUGAACUUAAGAUGGACUGAGGAAUGAGGGAAUGUCUUGGUGUUUAGAACAGGUUUGUACAGUGUGUGCAGAAGCAGAGAAAAGAUUAUAAGCGAGACUUCCCAGAAUGCAAGAGAAAAGAAGCAAUACUUCUCCCAUAAUGCCACAGUUAUGUGCAGAAAGAGAACUUCCCUUUACUUACCCCUGUCCUAGACAGCUCAGCCGAUCCCCAGGCUUGGGUCUCGAGCACCCUGCCAUGGCUGUCUACUUAAGAAAGCCCCACACAGGGAGAGAUGCUUUCUUGGACUUUGUUUCAGGAAGGUGGAAAUGGCAGCAGCACAUCAUGCUGCAGCAUGGAAGUUCUUGCAUAAGCCUUGACACUCUCCCUUCCAGGCAGCAACUCUUGCUGGAAUUAAGAAGCCGUGGUUACACAGUUGGUGCGGGAGAACUAUGUGGAACUGGUUUAAUGGUAUAUACCUGGAAACUGGAUGCUGCCUCUCUGUGUCUCUCUUCCUGUAUCCUUUCUUUCAGAUUUGUUAGUGGUGUGUUGCGCUGUAUAAUCCUCUUCACUCCAAAAAGGUUCCUGAGUAAUGUGUCCAUGUAAUAAGGCAUUAACAGUGAAUUUCAUUUUGAUGGAUGUUGUUCUGAGGCAGUGAAAGAAGGCAUGGUGUUGGUGGGAGUUAUGAGUGUCAGCAAUCUAAAAACAUAUUUUUAAAUAACAAGAGUCCCUUUGAUUAGAGAUAUUUUAUGGGGGCCGUUUAUCAUAUUUGUGAAGUCUUAAAUAUCAAUGUGAUUUGACUUUAAAAAGUUAACUGUAUGAUUCUUGGAAAGUAGUACUUUUUGAAAGAGACUUGUAGACUUGCCAAAGACAUAUGGAGGAAAACAGAAAAACAUUUUGAAUGAUGUUCUUCUUUUAACCGAUUCUCACUUUAAAAUUCUAGGUUCUCGUUUUAUAGGGCCUUUCCCACCCAAGAUUAUCAAGGUUCUUGUGUAAACAGAGGCUUUUGUCCUUUGUGUCCAAUAUCCUCCUUCUGCCAGAUUCUUUCAAUGAUGCCACAAUUCAGUGUCUGUGACAUCACAAUAGCUUCCAUGGUGACUAAUUGUGCUGUCAAACUCUGCUGUGUGACAUCGCUGAAUGAAUUAGGCAGCAGGCUGAUGAGGAAAUCAAAAGCUUCUGUUUACAUACACAAAUAACUUGGUAAUUCACAAUGAUGGGAAAGGAACAUUAUGCCUAUCAGUCAGUAUUUUGCUUCAGCUGCAUUCUGAAUUUAGUUGAAAUCCGUUUUGUUGCAGAUCCAGGAUUUGCACAACAUGUAAAUGAGAGCGCUCUCUCUCUCCACUUUUCCCGCAACAUGUGCAAUUUUAUACACUUCUGAUCAUGUCCCUUUUUACUUGCCUUUUUUCUAAAUCAAAGAGCCCAAAAUGCUGCAACCAUUCCUCAUGGGGUAUUGCUCUGAGCCCUUGAUGGUUUUCGUUGUCCCUUUGUGAACCUUUUCCAGCUCCACAACAUCUUUUUUUAGAUGAGGCAACCAGAAAAGUAUGGAGAAUUCCAAAUGGGAAUACUCUCCAAAUUUUAUUGAACGAGGUGCAGCUCUUACAAUCCUCCCUCUGGGAACCUGCACAUUUGUUCGUUCACACUAAGCCUUGCUUUAUCUUAGCAUUGCAUUUAAACUGGGACAUUGAUUCCUUUAGAAUCAGAAGUACUAGGGCCCUGGGAAGUUCUGAUGGCAAUUAUUUAGCUGUGUUUUUUAGUAGGGCCCCCACCAACAAUUUUGAAGCUUCAUUCCCAUACCCUGUUUGCAACGCAACACCAUCGCAAGGUGCUCAGGUUAUCUCCUCUGCUCAAGUUGUCCAUGAGAUGGUGGACAGUGGAAUUCAGUCUUCAGAAGGGAACUCCUUUUCAUGACCCUCAAUGAACUUUGAUCAUAACAGAUGCCAGUUUGUAGGGUUGGGGAUGCACAUUGCCAAGGGUACUUCGUACAGAGGUGCUGGACACCAGCAGAGCUGGCACACUUCAUAUCAUUCAUUCAUUCAUUCAUUCAUUCAUUGUAUUUGAUAGACUGGGAUUUUAAUGUGUUUUCUAGCUCCAGUCUCAUUUCUUUACAUUUAGCUUCUAGGGUUUCCUUUUAUAUGAGUGGGAAAUAAGUCCAUCUAUGUUUAUGUUCCAGCUCUGUUUUCUUUUCAUUGUUUUUUAAAUGUUUUUUCCUUUUAAUUUAUAAUUUUAAUAUAAUUUAUAUUUCUGCAGACCUAGGGUGUUCUCUGAAUGUGUAGAAACUACUUCUUUAUUUUAUGUGGCCCCAUUUUCCUUUCAAAUUGGUAGAUCUCUACAACUUAAGUUGACUGUUGGAGGGAAUGCUGGGAUGCCCACACUUGGAAUAUUGUGCUGUUUCAAGAAGUAUACAGUGGUACCUCAGUUUAAGAACAGCCCUGUUUACGAACGAUUCGGUUUACAAACUCCGCAAAACCGGAAGUAGUGUCCCAGUUUGCAAACUUUACCUCUGUCUAAGAAUGGAAGCUGAACUGAGGAAGGGCACCAGCGGCAGGAGGCCUCAUUAGGGAAUGCACAUCUCAGUUUAAGAACGGUUUUGGUUUAAGAACGGACUUUCGGAACGGAUUAAGUUCAUAAACCGAGGUACCACUGUAUUGUUGCUGAACAUGCAGAAUAAAGCAGAAAAAGCAAUCAGGAACCUGGAGGUCCUUCACUACAGAAGGGUUUUUUUUACUUUGAGAAGAGAAUGCGGGGCUAAAAGGAUAUGAUGGAUUCAUGCAAGAUAUAGAGAAAGUUGAUAGAAGUUUUUUGCCCUCCCUUAUAAUGCUAGAUCUUGGGUUAACUGUCAGCCAGUCAAACUGAAUGGCAGGAGAAGAUGGUCAGACAAAAAAUACAUCACACAAUGCUUAAUAUAUUUCAUGAAGUUUGCUACUACUAGAUGUGGCAAUGGCCAUUUAUAAAGAGAACUAGACAUCUCUAAAGGGACCCCUGACCAUUAGGUCCAGACGCGGAUGACACUGGAGUUGCGGCGCUCAUCUCGCUUUAUCGGCCGAGGGAGCUGGCGUACAGCUUCCGGGUCAUGUGGCCAGCAUGACUAAGCCGCUUCUGGCAAACCAGAGCAGUGCACGGAAACGCCGUUUACCUUCCUGCCAGAGAAAACACUUUGACGUGCUUUUGAACUGCUAGGUGGGCAGGAGCAGGGACCGAGCAACGGGAGCUCACCCCGUCGCGGGGAUUCGAACCGCCAACCUUCUGAUCGGCAAGCCCUAGGCUCUGUGGUUUAACCCACAGCACCACCCGCGUCCCAUAGACAUCUUUAAGUAAGGGAAAUAUGUCAGCUGCUAGUCAUGAUUCCUAUUAGAAAUCCCCAGAGUUCAGAAGCGGAAGCUAGGGAGCAUUGCGGUGGAGGGCUGCCCUGCUCAUGGGUGUUGCAGAGACAUCUGGCUGGUCAGUGUAGGAAACAGAAUGCUGGAUGUGAUGUCUUGAACUGGCCUGAUCCAGAUCCCGCCCCACCUUGCCCACACAUGACUUAUGCCUGUUAACUGUGGUUAACAGAGUAACCCCAUUUAUGCUGGACCCGCACAUUGACUACCAAACUUGGCUAUUUCUUCUGCAAUAUUAAAUAAUAGGUAACAGCACUCAUAUAACCACAUUGUUAUGCAGAUGUUUUUGGGCCUUCCUGAAUUAAUACUUUCCUUGGAAGGAGAGACGGGGAGGACCAUUUGUGUGAUAUUGGGUGGUCCUAACAUCUGAGCUAGUGUCCUGUUUUAGAACAGUGGUUUUCCCAGUAUAUUCUGGGAAACCUUGGCAUUUCUUAGAAAUUUAUCAGCAACUACUCAGCGGGAAGAUCAGUAAUGGACAUACCAAUCUUCUUUAGUUUACAGCCUGAAGGGAAUGUUUGCUGCAUUCUUGGGCACACAGUCCAUGUCCUUUAUUUAUAUGUGCGCGCGCACACACAGGAGCACAAACCUGCUUCCACUGUUUACUAAGUCAAAAUAUUUUAUUUUCUGUUCUGUUCUUAGAGAGGUGCUUAGAAGAUCAUGAGCUUGUUGUGCAAGUUGAGUCUACAAUGGGAAGUGAAAGUAAAUUUUUGUUCAGGAAGAACUAUGCAAAAUAUGAAUUUUUUAAGAAUCCUGUGGUGAGUAUCCUGUUGUUUUUUUCAUAAUGUCUGUGGUCUGGGGGGGGGGGAUGUCUUCUCCAUGUGCCUUCUACACUGUAUAAUUUGGACUGGGUUUUAAAACACUAGAUGGUAUCAUAAUAUGAAAGAUUCUUACAACAUAUAUGUAGAAUAACUCCCAGCAGAAUUACUAGUAGUAAUAAGGAAUGCUAACUCCCUGUGGAUUCCCACGCCCUCUGCUUCUCAUUUUUCAUGAAGAAACCUGCAGAAGAUAGUCUUGUGAAGAGGCACCCAUCCUUCUCUUCCGGAGGGGGCAUUGCUCAUUUGUUAAGUACCUUCUUUGAAUGCAAGAGGUUCUCAGUUUGAUCCUUGGCCUCUCCAUUUAGCAGGAUCUCAGGAGGGCUGGAAAAUACCCUAGAGAGCUACUGCCAAUCAAAGCAGAGAAUAUGGAAUUAUAUGCUCUAACCCUGUAUAAGGCAAUUUCAUAAAUUCACUGUGUCAUCAUCCAUCAUUGUAUGCCUCAAAACAAGCUGCAUGGUUUUACUGACAAUGGCAGUAAAUGAUGAUUGCUCUGAAUAUCAUAAAGCUUGUUCCUCAUUAUUUGUGAAGCAAAUAAUACCAUUUGAGGCAAAUGGACUAUCUGUUUCUCAGCCCAUUCUUCCACAAAUGUUAAGCCUAGUUAAAUUAAACAUUUGAAUUGCUUAAGAUGUGCCUUUGAGUAUUUAUGGGAUCAUUACAAGCCUUGCACAAAUGCCCUUGUAUGGCAAAAGCACAGGAGUCAAAGACUGUUUGCAUACUACGGGCUUCCUCAACCUUGGCCCUCGAGAUGUUUUGAGACUACAGUUCCCAUCAUCCCUGACCACUGGUCCUGCUAGCUAGGGAUCAUGGGAGUUGUAGGCCAAAAACAUCUGAAGGGCCGAGGUUGAGGAAGCAUGGCAUACUGGUUCUGGGACUUUUAGACUUCUCAAAUUAGAAGGGUCUCCAAAAGGCCUCCAGUGUAAUCCUCUGCAGUGCCGGAAACACAACUAGAGAUGGCCUCUAACAGAGGGCCACCCAGCCUCUGUUGAAAACCUGCCUUGAAGGAGAGCCCACCACCUUCUGAGGUAGUCCAUUCCACAGCUGAACAGCUCUUACUGUCAGAAAGGUCUUCCUAAUGUUUACUCACAGUCUCUUUCCUUGUAACUUGAAUCCAUUGCUUUGGGACCUGUCCUCUGGAGCAGCAGAAAACAAGCUUGUUCCAUCUUUCAUGACAGCCCUUCAGAUAUUUGAGGAUGGCUAUUAUAUCAUCUCUCAGCCUUUUCUUCUCCAAGUGAAACAUACACAGCUCCCUCGACCAUUCCUCAUAAGGCUUGGUUCCAGAUCAUCCUCCUCUGCACAUGCUCCAGCUCUGAUGCAGUCCUGUGAGCUGCUGUGCCAGAAAAGGAGAUGCAGCGCAUUGGACUUGAAAGCAUUGAGCACUGAUGCUUACCCUCUUAAAAGGGAUUUAUACCUUUGCAAAAGUUGUGUUCUCUGACCUGGAAGCCCUAAUCCCAGAUAUGUGAGGGCUAGCUAGUUAUGAUUAAGGGAGGCACCCUACACAUUCUCUUAAGACGUCUUUAAUUGUAGCUUCCAGAGAUUAAGACUUCCAGAGCUGAACACUUGGGGAAGUUUGGUUUACACUAAUCUUUAUCUUGUUAUAUUUUUCCAUACUUCUAUCAAUAUAUUAACCAGUGAGUGACAUAGUUCAUUCAGCUAGGUCUCCAGAUUUUGGUGAACUCUAUUAACAGCCCUCUCCAGUGGACAGGGGCAAUGGGAGGUGUCUACCCUGCUUCAGAGGAAGUUCAUCCUGUGUACAAAAGAGGUUUGAAGCAUCCUGAUGCCGUAAUGUUACCCUGUCUCUUUUUUCUCUCUCUUCCUCACACUCCCCAGAACUUCUUUCCAGAACAAAUGGUUGCUUGGUGUCAGCAGUCAAACGGCUGUAUUCCACAGUCACAACUUUUACAGGUAGGCUGAAGUAGAGUUGGGAGUAGUUUUCCAUGUUAAGAAACUGAGUAUAUCAUUGACGAGUUUGGGUCUGCAGAUGCAUGCUUCAAGGCUAGUUGAAUGGAUACUCUAUUGUCGUUUCAAUAAAUCUCAGCAUUUAUGUUUAAAAUAUUCUAGGCCUAUUCACAGGUUACCGUUUUUACUUCCAUUAUGGGGGGGAAAGGGUAACAGAAACAGGAUAUGACAAAGCCAUUGGUUCUUUUGGAGGGUGGCAAACUCACAGAACCCGGUUGUUUAACUAGGGUUGCAAAAUCUCUUGAGGCUCAGGCUGGGAGCCAGAGUCAGCCCACUCCUUAAGCAGAGUGCAGUGGCAUUCUCAAGCAUCACAUUAUGGAUGUCACCAAAGGACAGAAAGGUCCUUACACAAAGGCAUCCAUGCGGGCAGCAUGGUGCACUGUGAGGGGCAAGAUGGGAACUGAGGAUGGAGCAUGCCUGGUCUAUAUCCUGGUGGCGGUGUUCUUGUUGGAGUUGCUCUGUAUCCAGAGAGCAUCCUCAGCAGUGUGGGUGUGACUGGCAGGUUUUGAGGACUGGGUCCUUCCUAUGGAUGUUUGUGGAGAAGUGUAAGUGUAAGUUACACCGCGCUUUAGAUGGCUUAACUUAGUCCAGUUUGGUUCUGGUGUUACCUGCUCCUGCCAUGCACCUCUUUCUUGUGCCGGACAUCUCCCUCUCUGGCAGACAUAUCUUACACGGGAGUAGGAGGGUUUUGCUGAAUCCAGCCCCUGUUCCAGCCAGGUGUAUCUAGGGGUUGGAUUGCAACCAAAGUUUCCAUUUCUCAUUUCUAUUUUACUAUGCUGGGUUUGGCAUGAUCAGCUAAAAAUCUCAGUCCAAUUUAAAGUCUUAUUAAGUUUUAGUAAUAGUUUACGAGUAUCUUCUCUGCUUUUAAAAAAAAAUCCCGUCUAUUUUUCUACUGGAAGUUUCUCACACAAAGUUCAUUACUAUUUCUCCUGAAGUAUAAUAAGAGAAAGAGACUAUUUAUUUUAAAUACCUAUUUGUUUUUUUCUUGAUUUGCUUUCAUUUUUAUAAAUUUUUUCACUUUAUUUUUAUCUGCUUUUGUUAUUUCAGCUUAAAUAUUCAUUCUUUUUAAAAAGUAUGAUCAUUUACAUUUUUACAUUUAUUUUUAAACAUCUUUUUCAUAGCCUCCACGGCAUCUAUAUCUACAUCUAAUGAUGUUUUAUGCUUAUUUAAAAUGAUUUAAAUAGCACUCUUAUUAACCUGUAUAAGCCUCUGCUAUUUAGGCAUGUUGAUAUAUACUGCAAACUCCUACCCCCACAGAGGUCUCUCAAGUCGUUAAAUUAAUGUCUUAUAUCUUUCAAUGAUUUUGCAUAACCCCCAAUUGUUUUCAUUAAAUUCUACUUUUCUGUAUAUCAUAUUAGUUAUCUCCUAUAUCAGUCCAUAAUUAACCUGCCAAUGAAUUAUACUGAAAUACCAAAUAUCUCUAUUGAAGUACUGGGCUAUCAAUUUAAGGUGGUCCUUUUCCACCAAGUCUUGCAUUUCCAAAUAGUGUCUCAUGCAUUUUCAUUUAAUCUCCAACAGAAUUUUUUAAACUCAAAUAGUUGUCCUGAAAUCCAAGGAUUUUUGCAUGUGAAAGAACAGGGGAGGAAGUCUUGGAAGAAGCAGUACGCUUGCCUGAGGAGAUCUGGACUUUACUGCUCUACGAAAGGGUCUUCAAAGGUAAUUUCACUUAGGUUAGUUUAACAAAGGUAGGCUUUAUGCUUUGAGGGUGCCUCUUCUGAAAAAUAAUUAUUGGUAUUUGAGCACAAUCCACAGGAAAGCUCUUUUGCACAAGCCCCAUUAGAACAAAGCCAUUAAGUGGUACACUUCUUGAUGAUCUCAAUUCGAGUUAAAGUCAAAGUGUUAAGUUAAAAAUAUAUAUCUUAUUCAUUGCUCAUAACUGUUAUUUUAAAGUGAUAAGAGUUUCUAAAAUAUUUUCAAUCUGCCUUUCUGGCACUCGCAGGUAUGUCCAAAGUCUGUUUCAGGGGCCUAAUCCAGCCUGCCGGUUGGUUUAAUCUGGCCCCUGUGGCAGUUUAUUUCCUGGGGGAAAAUCCUAAAAAAAAACCUCAACAACUACAACCCUAAAAAAGCUCAACAACUUCAAUCCUUAAAAAAGGUCAGCUACUUUGCUUGGCUAUUUGAUCGGCUCUCAUGGCCCUUCACUUCAUUUAAUCUGGCCCUCUUUGCAAAAAGUUUGGACACCACUGCUGGCAUUUGACAACAAUUUAAAAUAUAUAGUCAUACCUCUUGUUACGUUCGGUUCAGGUUACGUUCUCUCAGGAUAUGUACCGCAGCGACCUGGAAGUAAUGGAACGGGUUAUUUCCGGGUUUCGCGCAUGCGCAGAUGCUCAAAAUGACAUCACGCGCAUGCGCAGAAUCGGCGAAUUGUAGCACACGCAGACGGGGGUUGCGUUCUGCUCAUGUUAUGAAUGGGGCUCCGGAAUGAAUCCCGUUCGCAACCAGAGGUACCACUGUACAGUAGUUUGAGAAGCAAACCAGUUUAUUUAAAAUGGCAGAAUUGUUACCGUAUUUUUCGCCCUAUAGGACGUGCUUUUUCCCCUCCAAAAAUGAAGGGGAAAUGUGUGUGCGUCCUAUGGGGCGAAUGCAGGCUUUCGCUGAAGCCUGGAGAGCGAGGGGGGCGGUGCGCACCGACCCCUCUGCUCUCCAGGCUUCGCGGACCUCUCCGCAAGCAACUGGAGCGCUCCCACGGCUUGCAGAGAGCUGCCUGUUUGGGGGCUGGGGUCGGGGGAAGCUCAAGCUUCCCCCGCCCCAGCCCCGCGCCUGGGGGGGAAAUAAUUUUUUUCCCUUUAUUUCCCCCCCAAAAGACUAGGUGCGCCUUAUGGAACGUGCGUCCUAUAGGGCGAAAAAUACGGUAUAUUUGUCAAAUAGAAUAACAAAACUGCAGCUGCUCAUGGUAUACAAUUUGUCAGUUUAAAAAUAUAACAAAAUGUAAAAGCUAAUGCUAGAGAAGAACUUCUAAGACAAAAGGGUCUUCAGAGCUUUUCCUAAAAGCAGAGGUGUGCAUUCCAUGACAGAGCAGGUCCUACUUUGCAGUAUCACUGGCUUGAAUCUCUGAACGUUGUGGUCUUUGGUCUCCAUCAGAUAUUCUAAGGUGUAUGUGCUUCAUAUGGGGAAGGGGAUGUGCAAUGCAACGUAAAAAGAGGCAGACUGACUACAGUUUAUGAAGCACCCAAUACUGUGCUUUAGUAUAUUGAUUGUCAGUGAAAUGCCACAGGUAUUUAGACCAGUUCACUGCAGCCAAAGAAACGGAUUUUUAAAUCAUUGUAUCUCAUGUUGGAUGUGGAAUGGUUCGUGCUCUUGCACAAUUACAUUUUGACUUUCGUAUCAAUAACCCUUUAGAGUGUCUUCACUGUCCUCGUAUGGCCGUACUUUUACUUUCAGGGAAUGGGCCAGUUGAAGUGCCUUAAUGCUGUAUCUUUAACCUUUGCAACGCUUCCCAUAGGAACCAAGGCACCUGCAGUUGUUAGCAGACCUUGAAGAUAGCAACGUUUUCUCACUGGUAGCAGGCAAGAAGCUCCACAAUGCUCCUACAGAUUAUGGAUUUUGUAUAAAGGUAAUCCCUCCUACUGGACAUAACUGUCAGGGGUCCUUUACCUUUAGAGCAUCGGUUCUCAACCUGUGGGUCCCCAGAUGUUAUUGGACUACAACUCCCAUCAUCCCUAGCUAGCAAGGCCAGAGCUCAGGGAUGAUGGGCGUUGUAGUCCAACAACAUCUGGGGACCCACAGGCUGAGAACUGCUGCUUUAGAGGGACGAGGGUGGCACUGGUCUAAACCACUGAGCCUAGGGCUUGCCGAUCGGAAGGUCAGCAGUUUGAAUCCCUGCGACGGGGUGAGCUCCCGUUGCUUGGUCCCAGCUCCUGCCAACCUAGCAGUUCGAAAGCACACACAAAAGUGCAAGUAGAUAAAUAGGUACCGCUCCGGCGGGAAGGUAAACAGUGUUUCCGUGCGCUGCUCUGGUUCGCCAGAAGUGGCUUAGUCAUGCUGGCCACAUGACCUGGAAAAACUGUCUGCGGACAAACGUCGGCUCCCUUGGCCAGUAAAGCGAGAUGAGUGCCGCAACCCCAGAGUCAUUCAUGACUGGACUUAACUGUCAGGGGUCCUUUCCCUUUUUAAUCCCUCCGGUUAUAGUAGAUAGUUUUAUUUGUAAUUAGAAAUAUUAAAACCCCUACGUGGCUGUGGACUCUUCUUCCUUGGAGGUUUAUCAGCAGAGGUUGGGUGGCCCUCUGCCAUGGAUGCUUUAGUUGAGAUUCCUGCAUUGGUGGGGGUUGGACCACAGAGGCCCUUUGAACUCUACAAUUCUAUUAUUCCAUAUCACGUAGUUUUAAAAAUAACAUUACAGUUUUAGUUAUCUUGCGGAUUUUCUCUUCGUCAGGACCUACUAGGAAAGAUGAUCCAAGAUCAGGUUUAUCGCGUUUAAGCCCAGAUCCCUUUUUUGAUCUGAGUGGUUUCUGUCAGCCCCACUUGCUAAAUGUUUGUGCCGUGACAGCUGCUGCUCUUAAAAUAGACUGAGAUACAUCAGAGGAACGAGCUCCCCAGGCUUAGCUUCCCAGCGCUGUCUCUUAUAUUGCCCUGGUUGUCAUGACACAGUAAGCUAAACAAUGGCUUACUGGGACCACACAAAUGUGCAGGAGCUGGGAGCUGCUCAGUGUUCCCCCUGCCCUUCUUGCUCACAUGCCAUUCUGAGCUAAGCCAAGGAUUGACUUACGAUGGCGUCACAGGAAUGACUCAGAAAAAGGUAGUUUCAUGGAUACAGGACAUGGUUAGUGAGGAAAGAGCUUAACCACAAGCAAAUCUCAAAUCACACCUGAACUCUGAACCUAUUAAGUGAUGUCAGCAAGCCAGCACUCUUGGCCUCUGUUCCUACAUCUGCGAAAAGGGGGUUAUAGCCCUUACAUGCCUUGUAGGAUGGAUCGUGUUUGGUUGCCUUUGCUGUGAGAAUAAGUUCUGUUUUGUCUUUGUUUUGUAGCCCAACCGAAUGAGAAGUGAAACAAAAGAAUUGAGGUUUCUGUGUGCGGAUGACGAGCAGAGCAGGAUGUGCUGGAUGACCGCCUUUAGGCUCCUCAAGGUACCUUAGUCUUGGGGCCAGUUUACAUUUAUGGUGGUCUUCAGGUGAAGGCCAUCGCAAGACUCGUGGUUGGGCCCCCACACCCACGGAGGUGGAUGUUUGAGAGAACUAACGCUGCCAUACGAGUUCUAAACAGGCGGCUGAUGCAAUCACAGUGGCCCCCAAAUGGUCUGCAAAUCGUGUAUGUAGUCCCUGCCUGGAAGUCCCUUUUCUCUCAAAUCAACAACCAUUAUAAAAGCAUGAACUUGGAAUCAUUCAGAUGGUAUGAUGAGUCUUGCUCUUCCUUCCACCCCGGGGUCAAUAACCCGCAAACUAUAGCCAGCAGUAGGAUUUUGUCACUCCCAGGACUCUCCAAAAUGUUUCAUUCUUUAAAUUUUAAAAAAACAGUUAAACAAAAUUCUUACUGUUGUAGCAGGGUCCCCGCUGUGAUACCAAGAUGCCACACUGUUCUUUGUGGAGCCCCAACUCCACAAUAUUUGUUCAUAUUAUACACACACACACACAAUUUAAUAAGGAAUGAAAAGAAAAUGUUGUAAAAUAGUGCAGAAUAGCUGAUGGGAAAGUCUUUUGAAAGAUAACUGUGGUUCAUCAUGCCCACUUUUAACGUUUGGACAUGCCCAGUUUGAGAUGUGGACCUCGUAGAGUUGGCCCUGGGUCACUGUGGCCCUCAGCCUGAAGGCGAUUGGCCAGCUCAGCUCUGCCCCAUGCAGACCCCCUACAGACUUGAAUGGGAAUCUGUCUGCUCAGAUUGCUGCUGGUAAGAACUUGGUGGUUCCCAAAUUAUUAAUUAACAAGUAACUUUACCACUUGAAGGGGCAGCCCAACAAGCUACACCCCAUGGUGCUAUGUUGAUUCCAAUAUGCAUUUUGACAGCAUAACAAACAAAUAUUGGUGACCUUCUGUUCUUGGCUCUCUCUGUGGUGACUGACUUCCAGUCACAGACCCAGAGACGUACCUAGGCUCCCCUGCACCCUUAGCAAGGAGAUGUAUUCCUGCCCCCACCCCCGGACAGUCCCUUGUACCCUUCCAGAUUCUUCCACUGAGGCACCCAGAGGAGACUCUGUGCCUCACCUGGAGGAGUGGCCUGGGGGGAAAGAACACAGUUAGGCAGGAUCCUAGCCGCUCUGAGCCAGAGUGCAGAGGCUUGCUUUUUGCACCACCCCGGGCCUGCAACCUUGGCAAAGGUCAACCUGGCCAGUCCCUAGGUGCACCCCUGCACAGACGCCAAAAGAAAAGUUUAUCCCUCAGAUCCAUUUUGAUAACCUGGAACUGAUCACCCUGCCAUCAUCAUUACUACAGAGCUAUUUCAGCAAGAGGUGCAAGAGGGCAUUUUCUGUGGUGCCCUCCUCCAACUUUGAAACUCACUGCCUUUUAGAGGUGGCUCCAGCUCUGGGUGUACUGUAUACAGGAGACAUAAAACGCUGCACCUUUUAAUCACGGCUUUCAAAAAUAGGUGACUGUUGUCUGGAAAGGGCUAAGUUGUGCCGGCACCAUGGUUUCAUCAGCACCGCUGUCUGAAGCAUAGCAGCUUAUAGCCUAAUUCAUGUUGCUCCUCAGGUUCAAGGGACGUGGGUGGCGCUGUGGGUUAAACCACAGAGCCUAGGGCUUGCCGAUCAGAAGGUCGGUGGUUCGAAUCCCCGCGACGGGGUGAGCUCCUGUCGUUCGGUCCCUGCUCCUGCCAAACUAGCAGUUCAAAAGCACGUCAAAGUGCAAGUAGAUAAAUAGGUACCGCUCUGGUGGGAAGGUAAACGGCAUUUCUGUGCACUGCUCUGGUUUGCCAGAAGCAGCCUAGCCAUGCUGGCCACAUGACUGGCUGUAUGCCGGCUCCCUCGGCCAAUAAAGCAAGAUGAGCACCGCAACCCCAGAGUCGGUCAUGACUGGACCUAAUGGUCAGGGGUCCCUUUACCCUUUACCUUUACCUUACUUGUGAGUGAUUUUUUUGGUCGUUCUGUGUGUUUUAGUGGUUUGAUUAUUUUCCAUUGUGCUUUAUGGUUUUAUUAUUAUGCCACCUGCCCUGGGACCUAUUGGUGAAGGGUGGUUAAUUAAAGAAUUGAAUAAACAAACAUAAAGAAAAUAAAUACCUGUCUAUUCUCUCCCCGCACUACAAUCUGCAGUAUGGGAUGUUGCUGUACCAGAACUACAGAAUUCCACAACAGAGAAAAGCUGCGCUUCCGCAUUUCACCACUCCUAUAGUAAGUUUAUAAUUUUAAGUUCUGUUAUAGUCAGCUCAGAGUUUAAACGAGAAGCUUCUUGCCCACAAGUAGUGACUUUGGAGUUGCCAGAUGCUGGAUCAAGAGGAAUACAGUUGCCUGGAAAGGGCUAAGCUAUGUCUGGCACCAUGGUUUCAUCAGCACCGCUGUGAAGCAUAGCAGCUUAUAGCCUAAUUCAGGUUGCUCCUCAGGUUCAAGGCUUGGAUUCCCAGUUGUUGGUUGGAUCACCGCUCCCAUCAUCCCUGACUGCUACCUCUGCUGGCUGCGGACGAUGGGAGUUGCAGUCCCAACAUCAUCUGAGAACUCAAGGUUGAGAAAGGCUGGUAAUAAGCACACUCUCCCCCACAAUAGUGGGUAAAAGCACGUUAAUAACAAUAAUAAUAAUUUUUAUUUAUACCCCGCCCUCCCCGGCCAAAACCGGCUAACAUCAAAUGUAUAACACAUUAACAUAAAAUCAGACAAUCAGUUAAAAUACAUCCUAAAAUCAGAUCAGGAUCAGAACAAAUCAGAUGGCAACCCGCAGAUUCGGGUUAGGAACCUUAAAUGCUCACCAGGCCCAACUGUUUGUGCUGAACUUAUAUGGGCCUGUGAGAGAAAUUGGGAGGCCACUUUCAUGCAAGUUCUUACAAUUUCUGGGGAAUGUUAGACAACAGACUCUGCUGUUGCUAGGCAACAGUUUCUGGUCAAUCUUAGCCCUGGAAGUAUAGAAACGUGCUCUUGCUAGGCUAGAUUCUUAUAGGCCAGGCCUCAGCCUUGAAGAUUUUCUUGUUCAGAUAGGCCAAGAAGUUUAGAAAUUAGGUGUGAAAGGAUAACCGUGAGAAGCAGUUGGAGUAAAAAGAGUUCAAAAGUCAUGGAAGGAACAGAAUAGAUAUCUGAAGUGUCCAGCAGCCAGUCUCCCCCCACCCCAAUUUUUAAAAUGGAAUUUUAAUAAUGACAAUCAGGUUACAGAAAAAAGAAACAAAGGGGGUGGGGGGAAUAGCUUAGAGAAAGGAAGGAAACAAAGAUAAGUUGUAACAUUUGCCAAUAAAGAAAUAUGGGAUACAGCAAUGCAAUUUUCUGAGUCAAUAAUAAAACAUGCCAAGGGGAGAAUGAUGCAACGAUUAUCAUUACAAAGGGUUCCGUGGUCUUAAGUCAGAAUGAUUUUUAAAAAAAUAAUUUCAAGAAAGGAAAUAGAAAGUAACCUUGAACUGUACUAAAUCCAUGCACUUGCAGAGACUGGUUAACACCUGGGCUAUUCCUGGGCUACUGUGUCUGUAUAUAAAAUAAAAUUGGACCGAAUGGCAAAGAAGCGCCCUCAGAGCCUCCCUGUGCGUACAGAACUGGUUGUGUUGAACUAGCUUUAUAUAUAUUGGAUUAUAGAAAACCAAUAAAAAUUGAAUGAAAAGAAAUGAAGCCAGCUGUAUUGUUUUGUGGAUCCCAGGCUAUAAAUGUUAAAUGGGAAGCCAGGUUCAAAAGGCUCCUCACAUGAAAGCUUAUCCACACUUAUGCCAACAAAAGCUUUGCGCAGUGAAAACCCAUCACCAAAACCAUGUCUUGGCCCAGCAGAGCAACAUCUGCCCAUAGCAAGCUAAAAAAAAACCCCAGUCUUUAAAAACUGGAAAUCUGGAGAAGGGUUGGAGGAGCAUGGAAAAAUAAUAAAAGCAACCAGUAGUUACCUUUUCUAGAUAAUGCCAUUAAAACAAUUUUCCUUUCAGAGAAGUGUGUCUGAAAAUUCCUUAGUAGCAAUGGAUUUUUCCGGACAAAUAGGAAGAGUUAUUGAAAACCCAGCAGAAGCACAGAGUGCCGCCAUGGAGGAAGGCUAUGCUUGGAGGGUAAGGGAGCUUCCGUCUUCGCAAUUUCUGACUGAUAACCUCCCGUGGCCAUGGCAGCGUAGUGGUCACGACCACUGACGGGAAAUUUAUUUAUGAACAAAGGUCUAAGAAAAGAGCAACUGGCUUAACAUUGUCAGAAGUGGGAUGGGAGCCGCUGUGGUGUGUCUGGUGGAGGGAACGUCUGAAGGAAUUUGAUCAUGUGAGUGGAGACUGGAAGCACCGCGAAUUUCCAUGUCAGAGCUCCUGGUUCUCCAAGUUGCUGGUGAGGUGGCCGCUAUAUUUGCCAGUCAGAAUCCACACGGUUUGAAUUCCUUGUGACAUUAGCAGAAGCAGUGCGGGGGCAGUACUAUGUUGCAGAAACUCAAAUUUUGGUAGACCUUGCAAUAGCUUCCUGUCAUGUUUUCCAUUCUGCAAUACAGUGGUUCCUCGGGUUAAGUAUUUAAUUCAUUCUGGAGGUCUGUUCUUAACCUGAAACUGUUCUUAACCUGAAGCACCACUUUAGCUAAUGGGGCCUCCCGCUGCCGCCGUGCCGCCAGAGCACGAUUUCUGUUCUCUUCCUGAAGCAAAGUUCUUAACCCGAGGUACUAUUUCUGGCUUAGCGGAGUCUGUAACCUGAAGCAUAUGUAACCUGAAGCGUAUGUAACCCGAGGUACCACUGUAUUCACAGUAAAAUGAGCAUGGGUGUGUGCCAAGUGCUGUUUCGCAAGGUUACACACAUACGUGAGACGUACGUUUUGGACACGCCCAUCACAUGAAGGGGUCAUAUAUGUCUUCCCCAGGAGAGGUGAGGUGCUGUCCCCUCUGUUUGAAAUAUUUAUCUCUCUUUUUACCUAGGAUCUCUAGGUGGGUGACAAUAAUUUGGAAGCAGAAUCAUAGUUUCAGGGGCAUUCUAAAACUGGGGUGGCACCAUGAGAAUGCCAAUCACUGUAAGGAAUACAAUUCCCACAGGUUGGACACUGAAGACAGCCUCCUUUUAUGAUCUUAAUUCCUGGGCAGGACUAUAUCUGGAGAGACGCUGUGCCAUUUGGGCUCCAAUUUGUUCAGGGCUUUGUAAGUCAUCUGCAGAACCUUGAACUCAGACCAAAAACAUAUCGACAGCCAGUGCAGAUCUUUGAGAAUCAACACAAUAUGGCUCAUGAUUCCAGUCAAAUUCAAAAAACUAGUUAACUGCAUUUUGGUCCAGAAGCAGCCUUUGAGUUGUUUUCAAGGGCAGCCCCAUAUAGAGUGAAUUACAGUAGUCCAAAUUGUUGUUGUUAGUUGCUAUUACUAUUCCCGCCAUUAAAUAUAAUUUAAAUGGGAUUUAAAUUGCAUAUACAAUAUAAAGUUAAAUGGGCCUGCAGACAAUAAGGUGAUAGUCUGUGCUGUGUUGGAUAAUAUUGUUAUAACAAUUGCUCCUAAAUGAACUGAAAUUUUUGUUUUUACCUCUAAUAUGCUGUAGGGUUUUCAUGAAUCUUGCACCUUGCUUCCAAUAGAAAUCUCAGAUCUCUCUCUCUCUCUCUCUCUCUCUCUGUGUGUGUGUGUGUGUGUGUGUGUGUAAAGUGAUUUGCAUUCCACAAAAAUAAUUCAAACUUUAAAAAAAAAUUCCUCCAAAGAUCUCAGAAUUGUAUAAAUGAUACUUCUUCUCCCGCAGCCUCAAAUUCCUGUGAUUGAUUAGAACUAAGUCACAAUAAGUGGUCCAAAAUCAUCCAGGAAGCUUUGUGGUUUAGCAGAGGUUUGAACCCAGGGCUGAAGAAGAUACUUGAUGGCAUUGAUUGACAUAGGGCUAAUGGCGUGUUGUUGGCUUAUCAAUGGAGUACUAAGCAGCCUCCCCGUAUGCUUAAAAGAGACUUAAUUUGAUUAUUGCUCCAUGUGGACAAAAAACCUCUCUCUCUCACACACAACCACACUUUUCAUCCAAAGAGCAUUUUGUAAUAGUUGUAUAACAAUAAAAUUGGAUUAGAGAAAUUUGCUUCAACUUUUCCCCCAAUGAGCUUCUUGGCUGAUUUGGAAGCCAAAUCAAAAUUUAACUUUUAAUUUUUUAAUUUUAUUUUUAAGGUACAGAAACUUCACAUAUUCUCAAUGCAUUGCAAUACAUUUCCUGGCAUGAAGAAACUGUAAUAUUAAUAAUUUGAGGUUUUGUGCUUGCUUCUUUGUUCUACAGAAACGCAGCACAAGAAUGAAUAUCCUGGGUAGCCAAAGUCCUCUUCAUCCUUCCAUGCUGAACACAGGUAUGAAAAAUUGAAACUGACAAGUAUUUGGAGAGGUAGAUGAUCUCGUAUAAUUUCUGUGGGAAAGCUGAGACUGUAAUUAAUUUUCCCUGAUUCCGCUGAAUUCCGUCAAACUUCAGUGCUCAUCUGUGGUUGGAUGGUGCCCAUGUUGAUUAAAAUUUAACUUAAAUUAUAUUAAGCCAUAUUUGCUCUUCUUGUGCCAGAAAACUAGAGUUUAUUCUUUGUCCUUUUAAAAGGGAACGUUGAUGUUUAGUUUGAGCCCCGUUCGUGUUAAACAUUUCAUGCAAUGGCUUGUAUGUUUGAUUCAUUUUUUGUGGGAAACCCAGCCAGAUGGGUGGCGUAUCAAUAUUAAUAUAUUGAUAUAUUAAUUAAUUAAUUAUAGAAGAAUUGGGCUACAGUGCUGAAUACUAGCAAUGACCAGUUAUUUCUCCUUCAGUUAUUCAUAGGACACAAAACUGGUUUCACGGCAGAAUCUCUAGAGAAGAAUCGCACAGGAUUAUUAAACAGCAGGGUCUUGUGGAUGGGUAUGUUUUUCCUCCCUGCACGUGAUACUUGCCGCUGUGCCCAGAGUCCCAGAUACAACCAUGAUCCAAAUUUUCAUGUAAAAGUACCUAGUUUACCUAGUCUGAAAAGACCACGGCAUACAAUCCUUGGCGAGGGAUGGGGGUGGGGAGGAAAUGGGGUGGCAUAUUAUUUUACUGAAGGUUUGUAGGGUCACAGGAUGUAGCUCAAAAUGUUGUCUACUGGCAUCACCUUUCCAGGGUCUGAGCAAAACUUCUCAUGCUGCCUGGCAAUGCCAGGGUUUUAAUUUGGGACUUAUGUGAAUGCUCAGAUGUUCUGCAUAAAUUCUCCUCGCUCUGGCAUGCAACCCUGAUGGUGGGUAAUUAAAAAGACUUAUAUUGAUUGAUUAUCUGACUGUUCAUGAGCAUUUCCAAGGUUGCAAGGUUUGUCAUAAUUUCAUCAGCCAAAUUUCAAAUUAGUUAAGAGUUAGACUCUAGUGUGUGCUGGUGUCACAGACUGGUUGGACACAGAGGAAUGGCAGGAGGAACCAGAUGGGGAACCCCAAGGGAAGAAGAGGAGCAGAACCUGGGGAGCUGGGAGAGUCUGUGGCAGAGAUAAGUCCAGAAUUCGAGGGAGAAGCAGAAGCAGGAGAGGAAGGAAGCCAGGAGCCAUAGAGGAGCCCUGUUGGUGAAGAAGCAUGUGACAAGCUCCCCGCCCCCCGGUCUCCCAGAACCAGAAGAGGGAUGAAAAGGGCAGUGGAGAGGGUGGCGGCAUGCAGGCACAGUCUCAGACAGCUUGUGAAAAACACUGGAGAAGAGGGGACUUAGGCAGCUGUGAGGAGGACCUUCAGUCUUAACAACUGCUUCAUGGCUGCAGGACCUGCCAGAGAAAAGUUGCUGUGCUUAUUAGGCCUGACACACCUAUGCAGAUCCUGUUUUGCUAACAAAGAGUUAACUCCAACUAGCUUGGUGUGAUUUACUGCCAGAUCGCUCCUGUCAGCUGGUAAAAUAAUGAAACGGAGAUGUUCAUUUAUUUCCAAGUAGUAGUCCAUUUAAUAAUAAAGUAUAAUAUUGCUUCCCAGGUUAUUUCUUCUCCGGGACAGCCAGAGUAACCCAAAGGCAUUUGUACUUACACUGUGUCACCAUCAAAAAAUUAAGCAUUUCCAGAUUUUGCCGGUAAGUACGGCACUUUUAAAAAAUGUGGUGCGGAAUUCACAAUGGGUUUUAUUGAUGAAGAUUUCUGAAAGGCUUUUCAGUUCAACCAAUGAUAGCAUUCAGAAACUAGAAUUUUUUCUCAUUUCCUCUCUGUACUUUUCAUAGAAUAUGUUAAGUUGGGCAAGACCUCUUCCCUGAUCUGGUCCAUCAGUCAGAAGAGGGCAGUUGCUUAUCUCCACACACACACCCCCCCAUGCAGCAAUGGAGCAUUUGAAUGUAUGUGCAUGUAUAAUCCAAUGUUCAAAAGCCUAAAAGCCACAGGAAGAUAUCCAGAAACUGACACUGCAUCUUUGACUGACUUCUGCAUCAGUCUAUUCAGGUGUUCUGUCACAGCAUAGGCUGCAGAGCUGCAAACUGGGGAAAAGGCACAUUGUCUCCUCUUCAUACAAUGGACCAGUUCAAUCCAGAUGUCGUCAUCAUUAUUAUUUCAGAAAACAGGGCUGAAUUUAGGAACCCUUAUCUGUAUAUGCACACUCAUCUCCCAUGUGUAAUACUCAGUGAAAGACCUCUAGCCAUAGUAUUUCCAACAUGGACAAUACAAAUGCCUUUAUUUCUCAGAGAACAAUAUCCUGAAAUGCCAGAUUAUCUCCAGUGAGAGCCAAUCCUUAAAAUUAAUUUACGGUAAUUUAUUUUGGGCUACAAUGUUUGUGAUACUUCAGAUAUAUUAGUCUUAACUUGUUUUUGUGAAGAAGUUGUUUAUAUCUUUAUGGGACAAAAUUGUGAACAAAGCAUAAUUUUUAAUUUUGGCUCUCUUUUUUUUUAUUAGCCAAAAAUUAACAAGUGGAAAUCCACAAUUCAAAUUUCAAAAUCGUUUUUCCCCCCAGUAGCACAAUUAAUAUCAUUGUUACAGAAAAUGGAAAAGUUCGCCCAUUUUUUGUGUCCGUUGUGUUUUUAAGGGCUGUUGGUUGUCAGAGGUAUCUCACAACAGGUUAAUGCCCUUGCCCAGGACCGAGAGCAAUGCUCCCUAACCCUGCCAAACUUGUAGCUGCUGGCUUUUCGCAUCAGCCUCCAUGAGCACUGAUCAUACCGUAAUGAUCAUUCCCAACUCACAGAAGAUGGUCUAGGACAGUGAUGGCCAAACUUGGCCCUCCAGCUGUUCUGGGACUACAAUUCCCAUCAUCCCUGACCACUGGUCCUGUUAGCUAGGGAUGAUGGGAGUUGUAGUCCCAAACCAGCUGGAGGGCCAAGUUAGGCCAUCUCUGGUCUAGGAGGAUACUGUGGUCAACAGUAUCAAAAGCCACUGAGAGAUUAAGCAACAGCAACAAGGUUUCACUUCCCCAUCCCUCUCCCAAAGGUCAGGGCAACCAAGGUCAGUUCUGUCCCCAAAGCAGACAUGAGCCCAGUCCGAAAUGGGUCAAGAGAAUCAUUUUCUUCCAAUAGUGUCUGUAGCUAUACCACCACACUCUCAAGCACCUUACUGUAUUUGUGACCAGGUGAUAAUUGUCAAGCUCUGCAACUUUCAGGGAGGACUUUCUUUAAAGAGUGCCCACCUGUUUCAGGACAUCAGGCACAUACUCCUCUUGUAAAUAUGUGUUAACCACACCCUGGACCUCCUCCUAAAGCUAUGAUAUGGGCAAGAGCCAGGAAGGCAUAUUGUGGGCCAAAUCACUGCAAGCACUUCUCCCAUGUGACAGCAUUCAAGUCAGCACUGAAGGACGUAAUCGUCCCAAUGCAGAGGGAUGCAAAACAUGACUGUAGACUAUCUCAGCUGCAGCUACCUGGACGUAGGAGGAAUAAUCCUCAACAGGGAGGUGUUUGCAGCAAUACAGGACACCCACUGAUAGACCUCUUUGCCUUCUCCAGGAACCACCCCUUCCCAAGCUACAUGUUUAGAUUUCAGGUAGCCUGGGCAGAGGCGCAGAUACAUGGAGUGCCAAAAGGACCACCCUCUUGACUUCUCCUGCUGCCCUUACACAAGAGAUACAGGUGGAGCAGGCCCCUUUCCAGCCUCGGUUCUCUGAGACCCUCAACCUAGAGACUUCCUUACCCUGGUUCCUGCCGAACAAGGGAGACCUGUUAAUUCAAUGUGCUCCCCACUUCCUGGCUCAGCCACGUGCCCUAAUUAGAAUGUAAUGUAACUUUUUAGCUGUUGGAUACCUCUAACGUCAACUGGAAGAUUCAUUUUGGUUUGGUGUGCAGAGGCAUCCAAGAUAACAUCCUGUUUCUCAGUGGCUAACAUAACCCAAAACUUUGUUCCAUCCUUGUGCCUAGCCUGAUGUUGUCCAUAUCGUCUUCACAAAGUCAGCAUCACCUUGCGCCCUAUAGUUUGGCCUGCCCAGACUCCUCCUCCCUAGUUCUCCUUCCCUAAUUAUUUUCAAGAUGCAUUCUAUUUAAAGCUUUUUGAGGGGCAAAAGUGAGGAAAGAGUCUCCAGAACCAGCCUUGGUGGAAAAAACUUAAGUUUCAUUUUCAGCCUUCCUGGGCAAGUCAAAGAUAUUAACCCAUUGUUGGAUACCUUCAUGGUGAGCAACCAAUGUUCUGUUCUAUACCAGUAAUACUAAUUUGCUGCCUUGGGGUGGGGGGUGGGAUGGAGACAAUAUAAGAAAGGAAGGGAAGGAUAAAAUGGUAAAAGGAUUGCGGGCAAAUGUCCCGCAAUCCUUGUGCCCUGACCUCACCAUUGUGAUCCAUGCGACGGUCACCUCCAGACUGGAUUAUUGUAACUCACUCUACGUGGGGCUGCCCUUGAGACUGACCCAGAAACUCCAGCGGGUGCAGAAUGCCACGGCGAGAUUCCUUAUGGGGUCCUCGCUGCGGGAUCACAUUCACCCAGUGCUACACCAGCUGCACUGGCUCCCGGUAGAGUACAGGAUCAGGUUUGAGGUGCUGGUUUUAACCUUUAAAGCCCUAAACGGCCUAGGACCCUCAUACCUACAGCACUGCCUCUCCUGGUAUGUCCCACGGAGGACCUUACGGUCUUCAAACAAAAACAUCUUGAAGGUCACAGGCCACAGGCCUCAACCAGAGCCAGGGCUUUUUGGGCUGUGGCUCCAAUCUGGUGGCUCCAAUCUGGCCUCCUGCUUGGCAGGGGGUUGGACUCGAUGGCCCUUGUGGUCUCUUCCAACUCUAUGAUUCUAUGAUUCUAUGGUGGAACGCUCUGUCACAAGAGACUAGGGCCCUGAGGGACUUGACAUCUUUCUGCAGGGCCUGCAAGACAGAGCUGUUCCACCAGGCCUUUGGCCAAGGCACAGCCUGACCCCCUCCUUUGGUAAUCCUCAGAGAACUCUACCCCAAUGGUUGCCAUCAAUUUGAUUUGAACUGAUUUUAUAAUGAAUUGAUUUUAGAAUGCUGUAUUAUUUUACUUCGUUAGCCGCUCUGAGCCUGGAAUUGGCUGGGGAGGGCAGGAUAUAAAUAAAAUGUUAUUUAUUUAUUAUAUUUAUUAUUGUUGGGACUAUGGGCUAAGGGUUAAGUCAAAAGAUGGAGCUUUGCUGUGCCCAAAAUUUGAAAUGGUGAAAUUUAUAUUUUGAAUAUCAGAAUUGUGGAUGAGGUAAAACCAACUUUAAACAAGUCUGAAGUAUUAGCUCAAUUGAUAGAUGAGCUUCUGUCAGUUGACACCCUUUGUUGAUGUGCAUCCAUCCAUUAGUUAGCACCCUAAUUUGGUUAUAUUGCUGUUUAACUUGACAUGGUUUUAGUAUUUUAAUAUUUUUUUAUUAAUUUUUCAAGUGUGAAGAUGAUGGACAGAUAUUUUUCAGUCUGGAUGAUGGGAGCACCAAAUUCACUGACCUAAUACAGCUUGUUGAGUUCUACCAACUAAACAAGGGAGUUUUGCCGUGUAAACUCAAACACCACUGCAUACGUGUGGCCUUAUGACCUCUAUUUUGAUCCAUGUUGAAGACCGACUUUGCUCAGUGAUGGAAGUUGCUAGAGAAAUAUUAUAAAAGGAAGGUUGACACUGGGGAAUUAGCAGAAUAGUUGUUCACAAGAAUUAUGCACCUUGGGGAUUUGGAAAAGGAUGAAUUGAGCAACAGACUGAGAUUUUGCUGGUUUGUAUAACACCUAAACAUGCUUGGUGCUGAGUGUCCUAGCAACCCCUAAAAUCAGGAAAGGGUGUGUAAAAUCAUUAAACAAAACUGGAAACUGUCCCUUGGCUGGUCCAUUUAACAGAAUCAAGUUUGUGAAGCAAAAUUAUUGAAAAGAACUCUUGCCCUGGAAUAAUCUUGAGAAUUUAAGACUUAGUGUGUUUACUUUUUGUAUGGAUCACACUCUACUAUUUUUUGUUUUUUGCACUCCUACUUUUUGGAUAUUGCAUAUGGCCUAUAUUAGGAGCUGAUAAAGCUUUUACACUUAUGCAGGAUUUGGGUAUUAAUCUAAAUCCUGUAUUUCAUGAGUUGCUUCAGCCUAACAAGGAUCUAGAAGACAAAAAUAUGACUUGAUGGCUCUGAAAAUCAGCAGCUAUGUUAUGUACUGAUGCUCUUGAAGAAACAGUGUGGAUACAACUAUGGCAAUAUACACAUACCAACAUAUGUACUCUUUAGAAUGAUUGGGUUUUUUAAAAAAAUAUAAUGGCUGUAGCUUGUGUGCAGGACACUAAUAAUAGCUAGUCAUGCAAAGGAUUCUGAUUCUAUGCAUAAAUGUGUUUUAACCCAUUUUAAUCUGAAUGUGUUUUCUCUUCCCCCACAUUCUCAGCCUACUAGAGCCCUCUGGUCUGCAUGACCCUUUGGGAAAAUCCACUGACAAAGGCUAGAGUGACAAUAUGUAUUUGGAACCAGCUUUGGGAGGUGGGGCUUCACUUGUUUAGUCUACCUAGUAGGACACAAGUUCAGUGUUUCCUUGCUUUCUGACCAUGUCACAGGGCCUUUCGUGCAGGUGUAUCACUGUCCAAUCUCCUAACCAUGGUUGAGAGUUCAAGAGGGAGCCUCUGAACCCGCAUUUUCAGUAACCAAAACACAGAUUGCAAAUAAGUCUUUAACCUUGUUUGCAAAUGACUUGGGUCUACAGUUACUUGAAAAUGCCAGUAAAGAUGUAAGCCUAACUAUAAUUAGCUCCGAAACUGAAAGAAAGAGGAAAAUGGCCAUGGAGUAUCCUGGUCUCCUAAUUAUGGUUAGACUGUUGGAUAUGGCCGAACUGGCACAGACAUAGGGUUGUUUCCAACUAAGUUCUACUCAGAGUAGGUCCAUAGAGAAUAUUAAGGACUUUCGUUACUAAUGUCCAUUAAUUUCAAUGGAUCUACUCAUGAGUGUGACUAACAUUGGCUAAAACCCAUAGAGUUGUUUUCCUAAGUCAGGCAUAGGCAAACUCGGCCCUCCAGAUGUUUUGGGACUACAGCUCCCAUCAUCCCUGACCACUAGUCCUGUUAGCUAGGGAUGAUGGUCCCAAAACAUCUGGAGGGCCGAGUUUGCCUAUGCCUGUCCUAAGUGUUGGCAAGGCAACAGUGAUGCCCAGUCAGGUAAAUUUGAAUAAUUUCUUCUUCAGUUGAACUGUGUCUUGCUUGUAUUGUGCAGGAUUGCCAAAACUUCUGUACAAAACUGUGGGCAAAAUCCAUUGACUGCUCUCCAUCCAUUUCAGACCUGCGCAAAGAAAAGUUAUGCAAGUGCCACCAGAAUGAUUGGGUGAUAAUAUGCAGUAGUGCUGGAUUAAUGGCUUGUUUUAUUGCUAAUAGAAAUUGGAUAUUCAACCCUUCAUGCCACUGCUGAAUUUACCAUUGACAAUUCAGUAACCUAAUACUUGGGGGUAUAUGCACUAAAGUAUUUAUAUUAGUUGGUCAAACUAGUUUGUGGCAAACUGGUUUGGUCUUGCUUCAUUCCUGGUUCAUCAUUUAAAUAAGGCCCUUGUUCACACACAGUGGUAAGCCAUGGUUUAUUAAACUAUGGCUUAUUAAGACCGUGGAGUAGCAUUACAUAUGAGCCUGCCCAGUGGUUUUAACUUCUCAUUUCUUUACUGCCAACAAAUCAUUAUGUGAAGCCAUUGUUUGUUGCAGGCCUAUGAAUCUUGACUUGUUUUAGCUAUAGUUUGGCAUUGCAAGUGAACCAAGCACCCUUCCUUAACCAUGAUUUGUUUGGCCACUCCAACCAAAGUGUUCAGCAAGCUACAGAAGUCUGAGGAGAGUGCAGCUGGAAAGCAAAACAAACUCUUGAGAAACAAGCCAUAUAUUAUUUGAUCCUUUGUUGAGCAAUUCGUCGUUAACUUGUGAUUUGUUGAACAAACUGUGGCUUAUCAUUAUAUGCAAAGCAGAUAUUUUCAAGGCCUGCUUUAGGCUCUCUAAAGCCUUCCAGGUGGGCAUUGGCUGUAUGGAGCAAAUAAUACCUGACCCAGCUUUAAUCCAAAUUGAUAAAUGGAAAUUUGGGCACAUAUGGUAAGUAAAAUGCAGGCGGCAUAGUUGGAUGCUACCAGCUGCCUUCAUGGGGAGACACAUUUUGGAGGGCUUUAUAAUAUCUGAACCAGGACAAUCUCUUGUUAAAUGUUUCAUUUGUUCCAUGUUUACAUUGCUGUGCUUUUCCUUCUGGCGGUAGCUAGCAUUAGAGGAAGGUCAGUGCUGGUUUGAUUUCCCAUUGGAUCGCCAUACGGUUUAUGACUGUCAGACUUUGAAUAUCAUGGUUAAUACACACAUGAUGUGCUUUGUGUACUUUGCACGGUUUAUAAAGCAAGAAGUGUAUUGACCCUAGGAAUGUUCAGAAUUACUGUUGCAAAAUAAAUUUUAUCUCUACUGAUUAUCUCAUGUAACUAAUAAAUAGCCCAUCCUGCUGGCUGAAGUUGGAAAAGCAGUUCUUUAUUCACAAGGUAUUCUUAUAGCGGUGAGAGUAGCUUAUGAAAAAAUAACCAGCUUGAGUCACAUAUACCAGCUGAAUUCUCAAUGGUAUAGAAACACUGUAUCUUAGUUUACAGAACACAUUCUAGUAGCUUUGCCCCCAUGAAAUGUCUACAUAUAAAAUGAAGAAACUUGACUUAGUUUUUAUUAGAAACUUGCUGGUUUUAUAUGUGCAUAUUAUUUUUUUUGUCAAUGUUCUUUAGACAUCAUAUUAAGCUAAAUUUUAUCUUUGAUUUCACUCUGCAUUUUCUGUUUCACCCCUCCUAUAUAUAUAUUAAAAAUGAUUUAACAUGCUCAUUCUCUAGUUUUGAUAAGACCAUUUAGACUUUUGAGAUAAAUUUGUGUCUUAACUUAGUUUUCAGCAAAUUUAAAAAAUCGUUUUGCAUUGUUUCAUGUUUAUAAAACUUGCAUUCUUUGACUAUCAUAAUUUUCUAUGUAGAUAGCGGACUGUUUUGUACACCCAACUUUAAAAUGAGCUAUUUUAAAGAAAUGAGCCACAUCAAAGUGGUAGCUACUUUACUAGAGCACACCAUUAUUGCUCUUCCCUUUUUUUUGGUUUUGCUGGAAAUGAAAUUGUUAAAAUCCCACCUUAAACAUUUGCAGCGGAUACAGCUGGUUGGCUGCUUCAAAACCAAGGACUGAAGGACAUUUGACUUCUUUUGUAUUUAAAUGACAUGAAUGUAAAGAGGGACGCUCAGGGUUGUUUCUGGAGCCUGUUGAAUUUUUAUCAUUUGUUUUUGUUUGCCUGUGAUCUUUAUUUUCUAAAAUAAAAUACUUCAUGUAGCAAUCUUGGAAUAUGUUGAGAAGGAAAAUGUCAAACCACCUGGUAAAAAAAAAAUAUAUUAAAAAACCAGUAGGUAAGUUAUAGAACAGUAGGUGUUUGAAAAUGAACAGCUUUUUUAUUUGUUGAAUUAAUCUUGAAGAAACACGUGCCUCAGUUUUUAGAUGUUUUGUCUUCUCUUUUCUGCACUAAGUACCUGACCGUUUUGACCAAUCAAUGCACCUUUCCAGUGGCAAGACUUGCUUAUUGUAAAUUAUAUUGUCACAAUGCAAGACUUUUUAGUGACUGUAAUAUGGAAUAAAAGUUAAGUUUUCAGGGAAUGCAAAAGGUAUUAAUUUAAGAGACAAAACCUCUUACUCAAUAUGCAUUGCUUCAUAACUGUAAAUAGCUUUGGGGGGGGUUGUGAAGCUAAUUGUAAUCUUUCAGGUAUUUUUGUACAAUUGAGGGACUGAUUCUGUUUCUUGUAACUAGAAAUAAACAUUCAUACAAUUGUAUUCAAUUUU